CGUGGUGAGGAGUGAGCUGGGUGGGGAGGGAGCUCUCAGUGAGGGACUGGCACAGUUAGAGCAGGUUGGAGCUCUGUGAAGUAGUCAUGGCAUUGAAGGAUGAGUUGCUGAAGCCAAUCUGGCAUGCAUUCACUGCACUGGAUGUGGAUCAGAGUGGCAAGGUGUCCAAAUCCCAGCUAAAGGUAAGACUUCAGCCACCUUGCCCUACUCCCAUCACAGCUAGCCAAUACCUUGUGCAAUGGCUCCUUCUCCCAACACAGCCAGCCAAUAGCCUGGGCAAUGGCUCCUGCUCACAACACAGCCACUUAGCCAAUACCUGGGACAAUGGUUACUACUCACAGCCAGUCAGUACCUGGUCAUUGGCUCCAACUCCAACCCAGCUGGCUGUGUGAUAGAUCAUGUAACAGUAUCAGAGUUUCUAUUUCCUUGUUGUUUGUUGUAGAGUUUAUCCUGGGCAACAAGUGCUGCUAGCUAUUUACUAAACUUUACUAAAAUAUCCAAACUGGAUCCCGUGAGAAAUUAAUCAUUACUAUUCAAUUCCCUGCUUUAUUUACACCAAUUCCUGAUUGUGAAAACACAACUUCCAAACUGUGGAUCCAGACAGGCAGGUGGGAGGACAAAUCACCCAACUGGGCUUCAUUGUACAGCAUCUGGGGUCCAUUAUCUAAACUGCAACAAUCUUAAACAUUCCAUUUUGUCCCCAGUGAACCCCAACAUUCAAUAAAUAUAACCCAAUGUCUGGGGGUAACUGAUUUUAUAUAGGAUGAAUAUGCUAAAUAGAGAACUCACUGUUGCAUAUUGUGCAAUCAUUCUGUGAUAAAGUUAGAUUUUUGUUUUAGUGACAUGCAGAUAAGUUGCUUUAAAAAUCGAUAGUUAUUUCUGGUUUUGCAAUCCGUGUAAAUGUUGCUGAAGGGGUAUAUGGAAUUCUCUAAAACCCCAGAAUUGAGAAUUCUCCCCCUGAAGGUGCCCCAUGUUUAAAGGAACACUCCAAUAGCAAUUUUAUUUUUUUAAAAAUUUUUUUAUUUAGUAAACUUACAUUUAAUUAUGCAUAUUUUUUCAUUUUAGUAGAUCUAAAAACAGCUUGUACAAGCUUCAGUUCACUUGUCUGCAGCCUUUACAAGCCCUCCCCUUUUAGCCCCACCCAGACUUUCUGUGGCUGUCCAAUCACAGACUUUCCAAUGCAGCUCCGUGAAAAGUCAUUGCAAGGCAGGUGCUCUGACCAAUUGCCUGCUCUUGAGUAGGGAUCGACCGAUUAUCGGCAGAUAUUAGGUAUUUUCGGCAAUAUCGGUAUCUGCCAAUCGAGAUAUCGAUUAUUGCCGAUAAUACAGACCAGAAUCGCCAGGCCCAUGACAAGCCCGGUGGUCCUGGAGGGCCCGCAGCAAGCUUUUACAUUCCCAGCUUAUCCCUUCAGCUCCCCUGUCUAACUCUCGCGAGUCCCUUGGCCGUCAGAGCGUUGAGACAGAUUACCAUGGCAAUGCUCCACGCGGCACGCAGGCCGCGAGAUUUAGACGCGGAAGCUGAAGGGAGCUGCUGGGAAGGUAAGAGCUUGCUGCAGGCCCCCACUGCACAGUCCAUGCCACAGGACCACCAGGGAAUGCCAUAUCCCCCCUCCCUGGCCACGUAAGAAGCAGGGAGGGGGGACUAAAACAAAAAAAAUGCCCCCACCCUCCCAAAUUGCAUACCUACAGAAACAUAUAUACACACACACACACACACACUGCAUUCAUUAUAUACACUACACACACACUGCAUUCACUAUACGCACACUACACACACUGCAUUCACUAUACGCACACUACACACACACUGCAUUCACACCACACACUGCAUUCACUAUAUGCACACAACACACACAGUGCAUUCACUAUAUGCACACAACACACACACUGCAUUCACUAUACACACACACUUUGCAUUCACUAUAUAUACACACUACACAAACACACACAGCUCCCCUGUCUAAACACACUGCCUCCACUACAUGUGGCAUGUAUAUUUUGUGCAUUUACCUUUUAGAAAUAGUAAAUUUUUAUUUAAAAUGGUAAAUGUACAGAAUAUCAGUAAGUUAUUGGCUAUCUGCCUGAAAGUUCACAGAUUAUCGGUAUCUGUAUCAGCUCUAAAAAAUCAAUAUUGGUCGAUUCCCUACUCUUGAGCUUAGAUCAAAUGAGUUAACCAACCAGGGAGUAACAGGAUCAGGUGUAGCAAGUUAAUAAGUGUCAAUUUCUAUUAAGUAAUAGGUUGUAGUAGAAUCAGGGGUAUGGGAAAAAUAAAUAUAUAAAAUCCACAUGUCUAAUGUAUCAAUGCAGUGGCCCAAUCUACUUAUCCUGACACCCAAAAUCAUUUCAGAUUAAGACACCUGCCUAGGGCCCUGAGCAUAUUAGAGAGGUUUUCACUAAACCGAUAUGGAAAAAUUGUCUAAGCUAUAGUCAGAACUUUUUGUCUCCAUUUUUCCAUUCAGCAUUAAUUCUGUAAAAAUUUGGAGGUUAGUGAAUAUCCUUGAGGGUUUUACCCUCUUACCCCCACCCUCCAUACCUCCAAGUGUUCCUUUUAAGGGACAGUCCCUAAUAUGGCCCUCACAGUUGUAGCACUCUGUUUGAGAGUGCAUUCUGGAAUACAGACGGUAACUCAUUGAGUGUUGGCCCACCAGGGAACAUUUACUGUGGACUGCAGACCACAUGCUCCUGACCUCUCUGGUAGUAGACCUGCUGCUUGCAUAUGACAAGGCUAAAGGCAAAAAUAAGCAAAAAAAAAUUUCCUGCCUGGCAUCUUGUGCUACAGUUCCAGGUCGUGGGCAAUCUCUGAGAGUCCAUUGACUAAGCAACUUCUUCUAACCAAUAGAAAGCAUUGUUAUAAUAUACAUGGGUGAAUGGGCGCUCGUCAUAUCUGUUUUGAGCAAACACAUGAUGUACCUACUCUAGAGUAAUUCUCUGAAUUUUAAUAAAAAAAAAAAAAUCAAAUUAGAAAACUUAUCCUACUUCAUUCUUUUUCACAGUUUAUGGAUUAAUCCAGCUUGCUUGCUUUCUAAAUUUGUGUAUCUAGAUCGUGCAGGAGUUAAUAUUAAUGGUUAAAUUCUUUAAAUUAAAAAAAAACCAACAAACUUUUAAUGUUGUCUCUAAGCACCAUAACUCCUAUAGCUGAGUUCAGAAUUUUGGAUACUGUUCAAACAAACAAGUAAAAUGUUACUGGCCCCUGAAAUGCUCCUCCUACUACGUAAUCUCUGGGAACGGACAGGGUAGUGGCACAUGCAGCCGCUCUUCUGUAAUGUGACGUGUAACGUGACCUCUGCAUUAAAAGUAAAUAAGUGUGAGGUUAGGGAACCAAUAUGUUAUUAAUUUUGUUCUGAUUCAUGUUUACUGUCUUUAAAUGUCCCUGCACGUCUGCAUGUGAGAAGGAGACUUAUAUGUGAUCUCUCUCCCCUAUGGAUGAACCAGCCUGUUUGGGACAUACAGACUGUUUAUUGCAGCAAAUGAUGUACUCCACACACCGUGCUUGUGUUGUGUUAACUCUGAUGGCUGACGGGCAGAUAUACCAGCUCUGUUGUCUUAUCAUUUUGACUACCACACAUGCCGUCCUUGUAGCAACUAUUAAUAAAUUGCUAUGUGCAAACAAUGUUGAGGAUCCUCGCAGAGCGUGAGAGCCCGUGGCACACUAGCUAGGGCCAAAUAUCCACUCAACUAUUGGCUAGUGGGCAAAGGGAAAUUCUGUAGUGUUUGUAGUGUGUGACAAGAACCACGGCCCUCUCAAUGCCAUCAGCCCAGCCCUGUCCAAUUUUAGAUGCACUGAGUGCUGUUGAGGUUCACGUGAAUUAAUAGAUAUAAACCAUCAACCUUCCACAUCCGAGAUCGAUCUAUACUUCCCUAUACUUUCACCUAUUGUGUAAAUAUAACCAAUUCAGUGUGGACGGUUAAUUUUGGGCCAUUUUCACCUCCUGUUCCAGUUUGCCCAAUUUGUUUAGUGACUUUGCAGCAUUAUAUACGGAUUGAACAUAUGGAGCUAUAGCAAUAAAAAUUUAUAUAGGAAUAAAACGGUGAUUUUAUUACUUUUUUCAUUCUUAGGGUUUUAUUCACUAAACAGUAAAUUGUCAACUUUGCAAAAAUUGCUGAUUUUGAAAAAUUGUCUAACUGUUGCAGUCCGAUUUCAUUAAAAUGAGAUACAUUUCCUUAAGGUAAGUAGACUUGAAGCAGUCUGAACUGCCCUUUCACUUUUAGUGCCGCCUUUAAUAUUUAACUCCGGCUUUACUGGUAAUUCCAGUUUGUAUCAAAACAAAAAUUCCCCCAAAUACUUUCACGUCACAUUUCACUUGGCCAAUUACGUGCUGCCUAGAGCCAUGUGUUUUUCAUCUUCAGCCGCUCCCAAACAUACUGACUUCAGGUGCACAGAUUGUGCUUUAAUGGUUAGCCAUGUGUGAGGGGCAGACCGAUUUGACGCCCGUCAUUCUAUCGUUGGUUUAUGCGGAACCUUUUCAGGGGAGGGAAGGCGUUUUUGCAAAUCCGUCCUUGUGAAAAAAAUAAAGAAGAGUUAUUGUGUAUUUUGGGCGUGUGACAGAAAGUUACAUUGUUGGCUCAGACACUUUUAAGGUUGAAAUCCGAUAUUUUUUUGUGUUAUUUUCAAGCAUUGAAGGCCAUUGCUGCUGCCGUGAAAAGGCCUCUUUUUAGAACAUAUAGGGGCUUAUUCAGUAAAUUUGGACUGUGGCGAAUUGAUGAGGAAUUCCAUUGUAGUAAUUACAGUCCAUAAUAGAAUGGAUCAGGGUUUGUGAAUACAAUGGAUUGCUUGACUCAUCAGACUACACUUCCAUCUGUGCUCAGUCAAGGAACACUAUAGAGUCAGGAACACAAACAUGUACAGUACUCCUGAUCCUAUAAUGUUAAAAUCACUAUCUUGGCCCCCUUGGGGAGGGGGGGCAGAGCGUGGAGAUACUGUACACCACUGCCUCAGUAAGCAACACUAAUAGCCAUUUGAGGAGUGGCCAGUGGAGGUAUCCCUAAGCUGUAAUGUAAACACUCCACAGGCCCCUGUAAGUUCAUUUCCCCCUUGUUCGGCCGGGCAUAGUUAGACAGCUAAUGGGCCCUCCUAUAGACCCACUAGGCCAGGGUAGGCAACCUUUUAGCAGUACUGUGCCGAUAUAGGAUUGUGAUGUCCCGUAGCGUGCCGGCCCUUUUUUUUAAAAUUUUUUUUUUAAUUGAGGUGUGUAUGCUGCCGUAUUCUGCUUGUGUUAUUUAUACUGUAAUUGCUUUAUAUUGUUGUAUUUGUGCGUAUAUGAGCUAUUAUAUUGUAUAUGUUCAAGAGUAGAUUGUGGUAUCGUGUAUGAUACAUAUGAAUGUGGGCUGUGUAUGGGGGCAGCUUGUGGAAUUGUGGGUGGGUGGAUAUGUCACAUUGUGUGUUUAGUAGUGUGUGUAUGUGUGGGGGCUGUUUGGGGUAUUGCAUGUGGGGUUGUGUGCAUGUAUGUGGAUUGUUAGUGGUGUUGCGUUUGUGCGGAUUGUGUGUAUGUUUGUGUGUGGGCUGUCCGUAUUAUUUGUAUGAGGGGAGGGUCUUUCUGCAUUUUUGUGUAUAUCUAGCAGUGUGGGUGGUUUCCCUGGGUUCCAGUGGGGACCAUGUUGGCCAGGUACAGGUCAAGGACAGGAGCUACAACAACAACUGCAAGCUGCUCUACUACUGUGUGGAUUCCCAUUCACAAGUGCUGGAAUUAAGUGCUCUGAGAUCACUUCCUCUAUGUGCUGCAAUGCAUAAAUUGAGGAUUGUCCUUCACCACCUCUUCGUAUUCGCAGAUAUCUGAAGUUUUACUGGGAUUCCUGAUAGGCCAGAGCUGGUUUGGCUCUAGCAGCCUUGCGUGCUGUGCAAAGGCACCUCGAGUGCCAUGCAUGGCACUAGCGCCGUAGGUUGCCUACCCCUGCACUAGGCUGUCUCUCACUGUGCCUGACUGGUGAGCAGAGCAGGAGAGAUGUCUGUAACACAGAUUAGGCCGCUCCGUGCGGCUCCUUAUAGAGGAAAUGGCAUCAUGUAUCAAAAGUUCAGGUAGCCGGUGCGGAGCUUCCUGAUCUGUGUUAGAGGCAGCACUUCAGGGAGAGACAGCAUGCUCCAGUGCUGGCUGGGAGAAGGAUCCCCCCCCCUGCCGCCAAAGGUAAGCUUUAGAGAGGGGGCAAAAUUAAUUGUUUUUUGUUUUUACAUUUUUUUUAAUUAAAAAUGUAUAUCAUGGCCCCCACAACAGCCCCUCUAUCCAAUGCAGCCCUUCUACCCUCUACCCCCUGCAGCCUCUCCACCCAGUAUAGCCCCUUUAGCCCCUAUUUCCACAGCAGCCCCUCUUCCCCCCUGCUGGCCCUCUACUCACUGCUACUUCUCUACCCCCAGCAGCCCCUCUACCUUCUACCCACUACAGCCCUUACUCCUGCAGCCCCUCUACCUACUACAGCCCCUCUACCCCCUGAUGCCCCUCUACUGCCCUGCUGCUUCCCUACACACUGCUGCCCCCUGUUGCCCUGCUUCCCCUCUACCCCAGACUCCCUGCUGCCCCCCUACCUCCUGCUUUUCCUGUACCCACAGUAGCCCCUCUACCUUCUACCCACUACAGCCCUUACACCCCCUACACCCACCACAGUCUCUAUAUCCACUACAGCCCCUCUAACCCCUACAGCUCCUAUACCCACCUCAGCUCAAAUAUCCGAAGCAGCCCUUAAACCCCACCCCCCAGUUUUUAUCUACUUAAAAGGAAACUAUUUUGAAUCCUAAUAUCCUAACACGACUUACAGUAAGUAUACACAGAAACAUACAUUCACUUUACAUGCACAUACAAUCAAAUAUAUUUUGAAUCCUAAUAUCCGAACACGUCACAAAAAGACAUACAUAUAUGAAUAUACACAGAAACAUAAAUUCACUUUACAUUCAAAUACAAGGUGCAUCUACUACAGUGUGUGUGUGUGUGUAUCCUAAUUUUUCCUGAGGGCACAGGACUCCCCUGAGAAUAAUCAUAAAAAUCUGUUUCAUUUCUUAUUUUUAAAUGUGCUCUGUUUUAGCUGUUGCUAAGGUAAAGUUGGGAUUACUCUGUCUAAUGGCCUGUGACGAAGUGCCCUUUGCCACUUGUGCCUGGAGGGGACUACUGGCUAGCCUCCUGCCUUCCGACUAUGGCCCCUGUGCUGAUAGCUGUAUUUCACCCUGCAGAAAGGCUUAUUUGUGUAUUUCUGCCAGGGCAUUCGGGACUUUCAGUAUGUGAGUAGUGCUACCCCAGAUAGCUAUGCCAUGGAGCCUAUUCGUGUAACAAAAGACUAUGGAAAAGACUUUGGCUCCAUUGAACUGAAUGUGUAUGUGAUCUGAGCGCCAUUCGGUAAUAAUGUGCGCUCAGAUCUAAGCUAUCUGGGAAUAUGUUGCAUGUAUAUGUUUUCUGUAGUAAUUGUAACAUUGUGUAAUUUUAUGUCUUUUUGUAACCAUGUGGUUAAUGGAGUCUUGCCUCUGUCCUGGGAGAUAAUUUGAUUACUUCCCAAUUAUCUCCAGGAUAGAGAGGAGGGAUUGUGAUGUCACUGUGGGAGCGUUUUGUUUGUAUUAUCUGUGAUUGGCUACUAUCCAAUAUGUGUCCCAUUGUUCCAUCAGGUCCCCUAGGGGAGUGUUUACCUGGUGGACACUUGCACAAAUACCAGGCGGAUAGCCCUCAAUAAACCAGACCUACUUGCACCUUUCUUGAAGCCUUGGCUCAUGCUUGGGGGAAGGGAUACCUACACUCUGGGGAUUGCUAUAAUCACUUACUCCCCAGAGUAAGCUCUUGUAAGAGCUUGAUUUGUUCCUGCUAUGCUCUCUGGAUUUAGGAGAGGUUCACCUACUGGGAGCUGGAUCCUGGUCGUGGAUCCAGGGUGAGAGACGGCGAGACCCCAGCGCAGCUGCAUCGCUGGAAGUGGAGUCUGCAGUGCUGAUGGUGUUGGUUGGAGUGCUCGGAGUCCUCGGGAAGCGCUAGGAGCAUCCUUCAAUGGAAGUACCCAGUCGGGGUGCCAGGUGAUCCGUUACAUGGCCCUUCUUCCCGAAAGCUCAGUUUUGCAGGUUUAUUGUCUAAAGUGAGAAUUGUGAAGAAUUCAAAGUGAAUAAAUUGAGCCUCAACAAUUCUUACUUUAGUGAAUAACGUUUAUUAUCUUCCGUGCUGACACCAUGUGGCCUUUUAUAACUUACUACACCCAUCUUUGUGUUCUCUGAUCUCAGCCUAAACCAGGAAGAGGUAACUAUGCAAAUCGUAAUGGUAAAACUGUCACAAAAUUCUUUUUUAUUUAAAAUAAUAAAUAUAAAAAAAUAUCCUGGUAAAUUUUAGGUAAGCUCACAAUCCAGUAAAAACACAAUAGAUCUGUGAAUGUGAAGCAACUAUAUUCCUCUGUGGGUCCUAUUGGAUAUCAAUUAAUGUAGCUCAAGUGGUUUAAAAUCCAGAAUUAAUUGACAUAUAGACCUCUCAUUACCUGGGAUGGAUUUGCCGGUAGACAGCUGCCUAUAAGAACCUGUUUUGUAUAUCUGUCAUUCAGCACUAGAAUGUGCUUUGCUGUAUUGCUGCCCACUUAUGGGUUACACGCUUACACACACUAAACCACAAACAAUUGACUCUACGCACACGCGUAGCCACCAGCAAAUUCGGUGCACCAGGGGAUUGUUUCCAUGAGUGAGCUCUUCAGCAGGGCUCUGCGCAUGGCAUGCCCCGGAGAGCUAGCACUCUGAGUUGCUUUGGGCUGCUUUGCCUUUAAAAGCCCAGGCUGAAUUUAUUUCCUAGUCCGACCCUGAUAAUAUAUAAACAAACAAACUUGCUUGUAAGAGGUAGGAAAGGGGAAGACCUCUACAUAAUACCUAGCUCCCUCAAAGCGCGCAUUGUGUUCGGUAAUUCUGUAACAAAUGCUGUGCAGGUUUUCUGCACUAGGCUUGAUCUUUUUGAAACUUUUUUUUUUUUUUUUAACUGUUUAUUUUGAGGAAAAAAUGAAGACCCUUGUUUGUGCUCGCAGCUCUGCUCAUCACUGGAGUCUUAAUUAAAAUGGAAAAAAGAGGUAUGACUUGGCGCUUCUAUAUAAACGCAACAAUCCCCAGUGCUACCGAUCACCCACUGGAGCACAAAAACAAUUAGACUAUAUUACUGUGAAUAAAUCACAAGAUCGUAGAAAGUGCAAUAGAAAUAACACAUAAAAGUUAUAAUAGACAAACCUUAUUGAAUAGGUUCUUAGUCACAAUUUAUUCUGUGUAUAUCUGUAUGGAAAAUACAACAGAAAAACACAUAGUGCAAUAUUGUAUGUAAUAUUGUUGUAUAUUGCACUAUGUGUAUGUUUUUGUUGUAUUUUCCAUACAGAUGUACACAGAAUCAGUUGUGACUGAUUUAUUCACAUUAAUGUAGUCUUAAUUAAGUCUAAUAACGAAUGAAAACAAGUGCAACUGCUGGGUUUUAUUGGAGCCUGUGUGCUCCUUCCCGCCUACCGCGAUCAGGGUGUAUGCACUGGGACACGGGUAUCUCCUCUCACUGAGAUUUACCAUCAUAUCCCAAUGCCUCAUGAUUUCUGAUACGAGAGGAGCCACACCAGGAGUGUAAGAAUAGGGAUCUAGGUGUUCCGCUCCCACCUGGCAUCGAUCAAAAGUAGUUGUGAGGGUUGGGGGAAGAGGGGGGAGGGGAAGGUACAGAGUGUUUGCCACUUAGUUAUUUUAGGGUGUGGUAUAGCUGAGAGGUAAAGAUAUUUAUCUCGACUCGUUCUCACUUCUUUUCUGCACCCAAUGGGCAGGCCAUUUAAUUUUUUAUUUAUUUUUACAUUUUAUUUGUUUUUAAACCAAUUGCCCUUUGUCAAAAUUACGUUGGUAUAGAUGGCCAUAAAGCUAUAAAUUGCUCCAUAUAUGUUAUGAAAUCUGGUUUCACACAAAGGGCUUUGUCAUUGGAUUUAAGGAAGCCAGGGCAAGAUUUCUGAAAUAAUAUCAGGUUUUCGCUGCACAGAGUUUACUGCUGUAUUGUCAGCUCAGAAUAAACCUUCUAUAGGUCCAGGGGCCACCUAACAAUACAAGUGAGAAAUAAACUGUCUGGAAUUUUAAUCAAUCUAACUUUUUAUAUAGAAAUUCGAGUUCUGGGAAAAGAUGACCUUAAUGCACCUUCCCUUCUCCCCCCCCUCUCCCCUCCCACCUGAUACCUGAUACCUGUUGCACGGGAACAUUCGCUGACAUCCACAGGUAUCCACAAAUAUAUCCAGUAAUUCACAUGUUAAGAAGACUGGUUCCUGACCUCCUCAUGGAGUGUAAGCUCUCAAGAACAGAAUGCAGAAGCACUGCUUUAUAAAUAACAUGACAGGCAGCAGGAUUCAUUAAUGUCUCCUAGAAUAUACUUGAGAGGUGAUCGCUUUGUGCCUGUGAAGUAUCUGCACGACAAUAAGUUUGUGAAUAUUUUUUUCCCCUAUAUAAAGAGCUUCAUUGUGAGUAAAGGGAGUUUUUGGGGACUAAGUGGAAAUUCCAGCUGUUGCUAUAAGAAACCUGUGUUGUGAUGCAGGUUCUCGCUGUGGGAACUGUACUGUCUGCAGGGUAUUUUAUUAAAGCAUUAGAAAUUCCGUACACAGAGCUUGUUUUCUGGGGGCUCAGCGUACAGUUAUUUAACAUGGGGUUUAGUUUACCAAAUCAUUCUUUCUCGCUCUCUGACAUGUUGUGCCUUUAGCAUGAUGUCCCAUAUGGAUUAUGGUGUGGUACGGUUUGUUGCUGAUGAAACCACAAAAUAGUCAUGGGGAGUUUGCUUUUGCUUGUUGCUUUAGGGCUUCCCUACCCCUUACCCCUUAUGCCCCCUCCCCCCGCGCCACUCCUCCAGAUGGUUAUUUCCUACUCCCAAUAAUGGACUAUCUAUCCAUCCAUCCAUCCAUCCACGAAAUAUAACCAUCAGACUGCUUCUGCCAUUCGUGUUGGGUUCCAAUCCAGUUACACCUUGGGAACAAUUUGGGCAAUUUGCCAGCACUAUGCUAUAUUUAUUCUCUAAAGGCCCUGUUUAGUGUGGGUGAUCAAACGGCAGAUUCAGUUUAAAUAGAGGGAAUUUACAGCCAUUAACAUGCAGGAAUUGUGGCCCUUUUGGCACAUACUCCUUUCAGUUUUAGGGCUCAAUAAUGUUUAAAAAGCGUGUCUGAGUUUUGCAAUGAUGGACCUUGCAGUAUGGGCAUCUUCACAAAUAAUAAUAACCUGCCCUGUCUGUACUGCUGCCUUCUGCACUUCUCCUGCGUUUUUGGGGUAUUUCACAUUUAAUUCUUGAUUUCGACAAGUGAAAUGUGUUGUUGUGGAUGACUCGGCCACUUUUGCCGGGUUUGCCCUGUGAACAUAAUGUUUCUUAUCGCUGCCCUCCUACAGCUUCUUUUGGGAUUUGAGACACUUGGUAAGAUAUUUCUUCAGUGACUCACUUGGUUCACCUGUUCCAGUGACUACCCACCAUUUGUCCAGGCUUGGCUGAAGCUUUUGCAAGUAGUUUUAAAUAUACCCUCAAUGAUUAAAUGCAUGUAUGUUUGUUUUUGUUUUUUGAAGGAUAUCUAUCAAACAGCGGUUUUAUCUUUUAUUUAUUUUUUACAAUUUUUUUUUUUAAUAUUUUUAUAAUUGUGCAGUGGAGUGUCUCUUAAAUUUAUGCUUGAACGAAAAAAAUAAUUACAGAUCAAAUUUGAGUGUUUAUCUAAUGAGCAUCAACAUGUAAGAAUAUACAUGAAAAUGCCAUACGAUCACAUUUAUUACAUCUCUAUGUUAUGAACCUGUAGUUGUGUAAAUUUGGAAUAUUGUGCUUUUUAAAUGAACUGUAUCAUCUUGUAAAUAAAAUAUUGGAUUUCCAUCCCCUAGGAAAUUUUGUUUAGAAGCAAUGAAUAAAAUCUUUCUGUGUUGGUAAAACAGGAUCUAUAGAGAAGUGCAGAGGAAACCGCUAUAGCCAGCGAUUUUAAAAACUGUACAAUACUGGGGGUUACUCGUUAAACUAGGACGUAUCGACAGACGAUAAAGAAACUGCAAAUGUUGGGUCCAAAUCGGUAGCUGUUGUUGGCAAAGGUUUUACUGGCUAGCGUAGUUCGAUCAAUGAUAGACGUGAAUGUGUUCACUGUAUUGCAAAGAGUAAAAUUUAAUAAAUUAGAAUAUAGAUUUCCUUAUAUUUCAUAAAACUUAAUUUAUCCUCUCAGUAGACAUUAGGGAUGAGGCAUAAUUAUGAAUCUACAAAUUAAGAAGAGAACAUUUUAUAACUAUAACAGAAUGAUUUGUAUCAUUCACUCCUACCAAAAGUACAAUACAGACAGUUUGUGUGUGUGUGUGUGUAUGUAUAUGUGUACACGGUCUGUAUUUUAGGUGCAGAGAAUAGAUUAUUGUAUACUGGCCUAUGUGAGAAAUAUAAGGGUUUAUUUAUUAAGCUCAGAAUUGUAGCUAAUCAAAAAUGGCAAAAAUAGCCGAGCCUCAUCUGUAACAGAGUUGGGAAUUUUUCCAGAUCAGAUCCCUUUGUCUAAAAGUUGCACAACCAUUUUCUCUUUGCUACAAUUCACUGUUUAUUGUUCCUGUCUGAUGCAUGCAAUUCUCAGUUGAAUGACCAAGAAUUGCACAAAAUGUUUAACAUUCCUGCAAACCCUAGUAAGAUCACUUGAGUUCCUUAAAAAUGCUCCACAAUCAACUUCAAAAUGUUCAUGUUCCUUUUUUUUUUUUUUUUUCCUUUGGAUGGGGGGUGUGCAAAGUGUGUGAAACUCUCUCCAUGUUUGGGACAUUUCUGAAUUGUGAGUUUUUGUCACUCUGCAGGUUCUGUCACACAAUCUUUGUACGUUGUUAAACGUCCCACAUGACCCCGUCGCUCUGGAUGAACACUUUCGUGAUGAUGAUGAGGGACCAGUGUCUAAUCAGGGAUACAUGCCUUAUCUCAAUAAAUUCAUUCUGGAUAAAGUAAGCUCAAUUUAUUUUAUUGAAAACGCAACAACGUGUGUCAUUCAAAGAGGAAGUAACAUUAUUAAUGUUUAUUUUUUUUUAUUUUUUCAUAAUUAUCUGUCACUUUUAAAAAAAAUUUUUUACUGCACUGUGGUUAAAUUUGAAUGUCUGUGUAUUUCCAAUAUACUCCAUUUUAAGUUUUGAAGAUAUACGAGUAUACGAGAUAUACGAGUAUCUUUUCUCAGUCUGUUGGAUAAACAUACAAAGUCACUUUUAAAAAAAAUUUUUUACUGCACUGUGGUUAAAUUUGAAUGUCUGUGUAUUUCCAAUAUACUCCAUUUUAAGUUUUGAAGAUAUACGAGUAAAAAUAAAUAUCAGAUGCUAAAACUAAAUGUUGUUUAAGCCCCGUAGUUACAGCCUAAAAUUUGCAAUUACCUUCUCAAUUCUCUACAGUUUCUUGGUUUAGUAAAUAAACUUCUUGAUUUAAUGUAACAAUAUUAAAGGACUACCCCAACCAGCAUGGCUACUUCUAUUUUUUUAAGUGGUCAUGGUGGUAAGAGCCUGGGUGUUAUUGGAAAUAGUGUUGGGGCAAAGGUGCACCCCGGGGACACAUGAACUUGGGAGUAAUAUUAAUUCUGUGCAUAUUUUAUGUGUGACAUUAGCGCACUGCUCUUGUCUCCCCUCCCUCCUAUCUAGCUUUGCUAAUAUAGUUCCCCCCCUGCACGCCCUCCUCCUUCUCUCCCUCCUUUUCCCCUUGCUGGCACAGAGUGCACAGAAGCACUCUGAGCCUGUUAAAUAGUGCAAUCAAAGCCUUUUCUCUAAUUGGGCCAGGAGUGGCUCCUGUGACGUCAGGAUGAGGGUUGCUGUACAACGUCGGGAGCUUUGCCCAGCGCUUGAUAAAGGAAAAUUUUAUUUUAAAACUCUCUUUUGGGGAGGGGGGUGGUAAAGAAAAAUAAAUGUAUUUUUUUUAUUUUUUUUUAUUUAUUUUUUUUACAAAUUGUAGUUACAAAUUGUAAACCAAGAGCAAAUUGCAUUUUUUCCAUAAUUUUGCAGUUCUUUUGAUAUAUCACACAGUUUAGUAAACAAAUGCCCAAAUAUUGGUUAAGACUUACCGUAUCUAAUCUGUUUGUAUGUAUUAAAUCUUUCCAAGAAUGCUCUAAAAAGUGUUGGCUACUCUUAGCUAUUCCUAAAUUGCAUUAUUUUGCACAGAAUUUUACAUUUUCAGAAAAGGCUUCCAAAUUUAGAGGGGCAAAAAAAGAGCAGUCAAAUUUUUUUAUUUGACACAGAAAUAAUGGGAUGAUUGAUAAAUGUGUUCUUUUGCUGUAGAAAUGAUAUAUGUUCAAGAAUUAAAGGUCGCAAAAGAAGCAACGAAUUGUUGAUAACAAAUUUUGCCCAAAAAAUGCCAAAGAAAAGCGCAAAACUGUUAUCCACACUUUGAUAAACCUCCCCCAAUAUGCUCGAAGAAGAUAUAUCUGAUAGUGUUCUGUUCAUUGUUUAAUUUGUGUUUUCUAGAGGGGUGAACAGCUUAUACUUCCUUACCAGUGACUGCACUGUCCAUCCUGUCUUAGCGUUUUCAGGACAGGACAGUGUACUGUGUGAUUUCACAGCCUGGCAUACUCUGUACACGCUUUAUGCCGGGCUGGGUUCUUUAUUAUUUCCAAAGCUCUUGCGCAAUCCUGUAAUAAUUGGCUCUGAAAUUGGCUGCCACAAGGCAGGUUUCCAGAAUACCUAUCGACCUGUAAUCUGAGCGUUCAGACAUAAUCUGGGAUCUUGGAACCCUGUGUUCAGUGGGACAGCACGGAUUGCUUGGAUCCCACUGUGAAUUCUGCAAAGGGGCCACACAUGCUUUCCUUUGCCUUAAAUGUUCCUCUAUUUACAGCCUUAUGUCAUUGAAGGGCACCUUUACUUUGUAAAAUGACCCUUUGGGCAUUAUGGGGAAGGUUUCCCCCCCCUUCCGUUUGCAGUAUAAUCUGCAAAUUCAACAGUUUUGCUCACCUGGAUUCCAGCGCUGGGUGAAGCUCCCGGCUUGACUUCCAUGCUCCCUCCAAUGUCACAGGAGCCUCGUGUGGUCUAAUCACAGGUUUCUCUGAGAAAUCUGUGACUGGUCUUUUUUGCUUGCUCAGAGCUCAUGCAGAUGCUCUGGGAUAACUAGGGAAGGAGCGGAAAGGGUUUUAAUAAAUAAAUAAAUAUAUGUAUGUAUGUAUAUGUAUGUAUAUGUAUGUGUGUACACACUUAGGGCAACGGCAGGAGGGAGCACACACUGGUUGGAAGGGAGGAAUUUGUCACAUAUGUCUGAAGCAGUCCCAGGCUGCCAAUGAACUGGCGCCCAACACACAAUAACAAAUAUCUCAGUAUGUGCAGUGUUUCAAGCGUUUUGAAGUGGUCAUGGUAACCCUUUAACCCUUCUUGCAUCAUUGCCUUGUAAAAAAAAAACCACACUUAUCUCAUCACUGCCAUGCUGAUAAAGUCAUGAAAAAGGUUAUUUGUUCUUGCAUUGGUGUGGCCUCAAAAUGGUGAGUGUGGGGGGAUUUCCUGUCACUCGCUCCCUGUCCCGCCAUCAUGUCAAUGUUCCCCUCGGGAUAUAUUGCAUGGGUUGAAAGUUAUUGUGGCUGUGGCUGUGGCUGUGGCUGGCAGAUGUGAUGUUAAAGAGUGUAUGUACUAUUCUGUUUGCUAUUCUUCCACCCCUUCUGCAUGGGGGUACAUUUUGGAAUGGUGGUUGGGGGUGGCAUGCAUCCUCAAUUAAAAUGGCAGCAGUGUAGAAUAUUACAUAUUAGUUUCUGUUAUUCCAAGCAGUAAAUAUUCUGCACAGGGGAACUGUUGCUAUCCACCUUCUCUCCAGCCAUGUCAGCCAAGACCUAGAGCGACCUGUGUGGUGAAUACCGAGUUGUUGAGAAAGACCGUGGAGAUGAGAAUUGCAGACUCCAAGAAUCAGCGGUUCAGCUGAGCGCACAGACCUGGGCGCCAUGUAAUAAAAAAAUGUAAAAUGCACAAUGCUCCCCAAAGCUUUGUUUACCAAGACACGGUUAGCCACACUGGCAUCAGAACAGGCACUUCAGCUUAAAAUAAACCCACACCAUUCAGUUUGUAAUGACGUCUUCCAGACCUGUUUAUCUGGAUAUUCAUGUGAAAAUACAAUGAACAUUUCCCUAUGUUUUUCAAUAAUUAAAACUUGUGUUUUCAAGAACCGGUAAAUGUUUAAAAGAACUGUUUUAGAAAAGUGGUGAACAAACUGUAAAACAAAUGAAUAAUCCAUGCAGUCAGGAUUGGGUAAAGAUUAAUAUUAUCUCCAUCACUAAAUUAAGCUACGAUGGAUUCUUACGUCCAUUUCCCCCCCCCCCCUCCCAGUAGACUGCCAUCUUGUAAAUACAUUCUAGUUUUUUUUUAUUUAUUUUUUUUAUUAAUAAUGAUGAAGGAAAUAAACACUGAAGACAUGUGAUACUAUUAACCAACCAGAAACUGUGAUUUCUGUAUUUGAGCAGAACCGUUCCCAGCAUUCCACAGCUCAAGAAGCCGCAUUGGCAGGAAACCAAGGUUGAUUAGAAAUAGUUCAUGACGUUUUUGUAAAUCAAGCCUUUGAACAGAAUUGACUAUUAUCAGCACAAUGUAUACACCACUUGCUAUUUUAUAACCUUGUCAAAUUGUGAAGUGCCGCAGAAGACACUUGCUCUCUAUAUAAAUGGUGAUCGUUAUAAUCAGUUUUUAAUUUGAUGCAAAAAAUUAAGCUAAUAAAGUCCGUUUUUCAAACUAUCAAAUGCUGCGCUGUGUCUUGGGCUUGGUGAUUCUCGCCAUGUUUCUGGUACUUUAAAACUGUCUGAUUUUCGGGGCAGUGAGUCUCAGAUUAUGUGGCUUCCAGUUUAUAGUUGCAACACCUGCAAAAUACAUCCUUGGUUUUUACAUGGUGUUAAAGGGACACUAUAGUCACCAGAACAACUACAGCUUAUUGAAUUUGUUCUGGUGAGUAGAAUCAUUACUGUUUGCUGUAAACACUGUUUGUUUCAGAGAAAAUGCAGUGUUUACAUUAAAGCCUAGUGAUAACUUCACUGGCCACUCAUUACAUGGCUGCCUGAAAUGCAUCCAAACAUUCAGUGUCUACUCCCUCUGCAUGCAGACACUGAACUUUAAUCAUAGAGAUUCAUUGAUUCAAUUCAUCUCUAUGAGGAGAUGCUGAUUGGCCAGGGCUGUGUUUGAAUCAUGCUGGCUCUGCCCCUGAUCUGCCUCUUUGUCAGUCUCAGCCAAUACUAUGGAGAAGCACUGUGAUUGGAUCAGGCUAUCACUUCUGAUGAUGUCAGCAGACUACUUUCUUUUUAGGCAAACAGCAUGCAGAUCUACAGCUUCAGACUUGAAUACAGUAAGAUUUUGCUAUAUUUAUGGAGGCAUGAGGGGCCCAGGGGGGGCUAGAUGGUUGUGUUAACACUGUAGGGUCAGGAAUAAAUGUUUGUGUUCCUGACCCUAUAGUGAUCCUUUAAGUUAGCGCUGUGCUUUUUGUUUCUGUCAGGACAUAGACCGCCUGUGCAGAUCCAUUUUGCGGUUCUGUAACAGGUUUAUCUUUCACAUUGUUUUGGAUAGAAAUUAUAACCAACAGACUCGUGUUAGCCCAUUAAACUCCAAUGUUUUGUAUGUAGGAAAACGUUCUGAGACUAGAAUAAGCAAUCGCAUUACAAUAUAUUCAGAAAAUAAAUUGAGAAAAUGUGCACAUAAAAAUGUUAAUAUAUUAAUUAAAUAAGCAAAAGUUACAAACUCUAAAAGCAGAGUAAUUAUUAAAGCGUAAAUACUUUUCAGAAAAGUAAGUAAAUAUAAUGUCCCAACUUAAUUCGUAUAUUUCCGUAUCUUUCCAUAGAGAUCAGGAAGAAGAUCUGGAUUGUGUAUACAUAAGAUUCCUUUUAUAGACUUUUUAUUCAUAAAUACUAAUACAUUUAAAUAGUAACAUAAUUAUACUAAUCAACUUAUUCUAUCUUAGCCUAAAUCAAAUAUGGCCGCUUACAUAACUGUAUCAUGAUCUAGUCACUGUACUAAAGUAACAUUUUAAAGGGACACUAUAGACACCUGAACAACUUUAGCUUAAUGAAGCAGUUUUGGAGUAUAGAACAUGCCCCUGCAGCCUCACUGCUCAAUCCUCUGCCAUUUAGGAGUUAAAUCCCUUUGUUUAUGAACCCUAGUCACACCUCCCUGCAUGUGACUUGCACAGCCUUCCAUAAACACUUCCUGUAAAGAGAGCCCUGUUUAGGCUUUCUUUAUUGCAAGUUCUGUUUAAUUAAGAUUUUCUUAUCCCCUGCUAUGUUAAUAGCUUGCUAGACCCUGCAAGAGCCUCCUGUAUGUGAUUAAAGUUCAAUUUAGAGAUGAGAUACAAUUAUUUAAGGUAAAUUACAUCUGUUUGAAAGUGAAACCAGUUUUUUUUUUCAUGCAGGCUCUGUCAAUCAUAGCCAGGGGAGGUGUGGCUAGGGCUGCAUAAACAGAAACAAAGUGAUUUAACUCCUAAAUGACAGUGAAUUGAGCAGUGAAAUUGUAGGGGAAUGACCUAUACACUAAAAUGGCUUUAUUUAGCUAAAGUAAUUUAGGUGACUAUAGUGUUCCUUUCAAAUUAAAGGGACACUAUAGUCACCAAAACAACUACAGCUUAUUGAAUUUGUUCUGGUGAGUAGAAUCAUUCCCUUCAGGCUUUUUGCUGUAAACACUGUCUUUUCAGAGAAAAUGCAGUGUUUACAUUACAGCCUAGUGAUAACUUCACUGGCUAGUAGAGGUGCUUCCUGUGGCAGUGCUGCACACUGUGCAGUACUGCCCUUCAGUGUCUCCACCCUCUGCAUGCAGACACUGAACUUUCCUCAUAGAGAUACAUUGAUUCAAUUCAUCUCUAUAAGGAGAUGCUGAUUGGCCAGGGCUCUGUUUGACUUGUGCUGGCUCUGCCCCUGAUCUGUCUCCUUGACAGUCUCAGCCAAUCCAAUGGGGAAGCAUUGUGAUUGGCUCAGAGAAUCACUUCUGAUGAUGUCCGCAGACUGGAGCAGUGCCAGCAGCUGCGGGCUUGAAUAAAAGUAAGAUUUUACUAUAUUUAGGGAGGCAAGGGGGGCCAGAGGGACUAGAUGGUGGUUUUAACACUAUAGGGUCAGGAAUAUAUGUUUGUGUUCCUGACCCUAUAGUGUUCCUUUAACCUUCAUCUAUAAUCCUAAAUUAAACAUUCCUAAUCUAAUAAGAAAAUAAAACAUGCUCCAUGAGAUAAUCCAAUAUUUUGGCUUCUUACAAGGCAAAUCUGAUUUUCCGACUCCUGGAGAAGAUUCUCGGAGCUGACUGACCUUGUACUCACUAAACUCCUUGCAAAUGUUUAUAUACUGACGGCAUCACUACAAGUGUUCAGCUUGCAUAGAAAGGAAAAUGACAGAAAACUAUUACAAUUCUGCUUCAAAUUAACCAGUUGGAUUCCAAAUAUCCAUAACAGGGAUUUAUUCAUUCAUGGUUAAUUGGCCACAAUUUCUGAAUUAAAUUACACAUUGUAGGUCCAAAAUAGCCAAACUGACAAAAGAGAAAAGAGAUUUUUGCUUUAUUUAGUUUAGCUAAUUUAGUCCAACAUUUAUUAUUCUGGCACCAAAUGCCCACUGUUCCCAUUUUAGUAAGUAACCACCCAUAUUGGGCCAUUUGUGGUGUUUGUGCACGGUUUCUGAUACUGUACAGUAGUAGGAGCUGGUUUAGAAUUUUUUAGCUAUUUAGAAUUUAUAGCUGAGUGAUGUGACCUGAUAUGGCGAGUUCACCAAUCACAAGUAAGCCUCCGCUACAUUUAUAUCAUUUAAGGCCUAGUUUUUCUCUCCUUAAAGAUUUUUUUUUUUCCCCCCAUGAUCUCCUUGGUCUCCAAAAUCAAUUUUUUUGUGAGUUAUAGGCAUUAGCCAGUUUACUGCCCUGUUUUUCUGCCAGAUGCAUUGAUAGAGAUUAGCUAUCUUUAAAAAGCCAACAUAUUCCACAGCAUUGUUCAAUAGGUAGGCAAGUUGGGCGUACAGUGAGAACUCAAAGCCAUUUACAUUUACACAAAAGGUAAAGGGUAAGAUGUAUCUCGUGUAUGGAAAAAGUUGUUUAACGGGAUGGUUUACAGUAAAAUUAGAUAUUUUGUUGUUCAAUGAUGCAUUUUGAUGGGAGGAAGUGCAGCGGGUUAGAGAGCUGUGGGAAGGAAGGAUGUUAGCACUUUAAUUGAGACGAUUUUUGACGAAGUGAGUUUUCAGUGAUUUUUUUUUUUAUUUUUUUUUUUUUUUAAGAUGGAGACUGGGUGAGUGUCUAAUGAUGGGAGGAGGGAGUCUAGUAGAGAUGCGAGAGUGAAAAAGGACAGGGCAUUGUAUAUCUGAGCUAUAACUGCCCUCUGUUUCAUUAAACUCCAUUACAUUUACAAUGUCUGAACCAGUAAAACCAUGCCAGACUUCUCCGUGCUUAGAUUCUGGUAGGAUCUUGGCGCCAUGACACGUUCUGAGAUCAGAUAAGCCUUGCAGGGACCGUGAUAGAAACCAUUAGUCCCCCUGGGACAUCAGCACAGGGAUAAGGGUUCAUACAAUGCAUGUUUACAUGGUGAUCUGAUCAGUCGGGACAUGAAACAAAGAGGGUGAGUGGUAGUUUGAACUUUAUGUCCCAAUCAUUCAAUUUUUUUCAGAUAUGGUGAAAUAAAAUGGAGAUGUUACUGGACUUUAUGUAAUAGAAGUGGCUUCAGGGCUCAAUAUUGAUGAAAGUGGUCUCAGGGCUCAGCGUUGGUGAAAGGGACAGCAGGGCUCAAUAUUCAUGGAAGCGACGGCGGGGGCUCGGCGUUGGCGGACGUGACGGCGGGGGCUCGGUGUUAGUGUAUGUAUGUUCCAGAACUGCUGGAGAAAGUCUCACUUUGCAUCUGACUUUGUCCACUAUAAAUGUAUGCUGCGCUCCUACAGCAUGGCUCUUUCCUCUGCAAAAGUAUAUUACUUUAACACCCUCAUAAGCACACUGUCCCACCAACCCAAACACCUGUUUCACACCUUUGAUGCACUUCUUCGCUCUGUGACUCCCCCUCCUUCCACCACCUUGUCCGCCACAAACUUUGCAUCUCAUUUCACUGAGAAGAUCUCUACAAUCAGGAAAGAGAUCUCUAAUCUUUCUCCAACCAGUAUCAAUACAUCACCCAACCCCACUCCCCCUGCCAUCCUAAGCUCAUUUGCACCUGCUACAGCACAAGAGGUUUCUGCUCUGCUCCUGUCCUCCCGCCCCACCACCUGCUCCCUCGAUCCUAUUCCCUCGCAUCUCAUCCGCACUUUGUCUCCCUCUCUUCCUCUCGCUUACAUUUUCAAUCUCUCCCUCUCCUCUGGCACAUUUCCCUCUGCCUUCAAACAUGCAACCGUAACCCCAAUUCUGAAAAAAGCCCAACCUUGAUCCCAACUCCCCAUCCAACUACCGCCCUAUCUCGCUACUGCCAUUUGCCUCCAAGAUCCUCGAGAGAGUUGUCUAUGCCAGAUUAACAGACUUUCUUGAAUCCAACUCUCUGCUUGACCCCCUUCAGUCUGGAUUCCGCGCUGGUCACUCUGUCGAAACUGCUGUGACCAAAGUAUCCAACGAUUUAAUUGCUGCUAAAUCUCGCGGCCAAUACUCUAUCCUAAUCCUCCUUGAUCUUUCUGCCGCCUUUGACACUGUUGAUCAUCAACAGCUUCUUCACAUUCUCCGUAACUUUGGUCUACGGGAUACUGCUCUCUCCUGGUGCUCCUCCUACCUCUCCCAGCGCUCCUUCAGUGUUUCUUUCUCUGGCUCUGCCUCUUCUCCCCAACCCCUCCCUGUCGGCGUCCCCCAAGGUUCUGUCCUCGGCCCCCUACUGUUCUCUAUCUAUACUGCCUCCCUUGGUAAACUCAUCAGCUCUUUUGGCGUCCAAUACCAUUUAUAUGCAGAUGACACGCAAAUCUACCUGUCCUCCCCUGAUCUCUCUCCGCCCACCUUGACUCGUGUUUCUGACUGCCUCUCUGCUAUUUCCAACUGGAUGGCUGCUCACUUCCUUAAACUCAACCUGUCCAAAACAGAACUUCUAGUUUUUCCUCCCUCAAGUGCUGCUACUCCUGUGUCUGUCUCCAUCCAAGUCAACGGCGCUACUAUCACCUCUACCUCCCAGGCUCGCUGCCUAGGGGUUCUUUUUGAUUCUGAUCUCUCUUUUACUCCCCAUGUUCAAUCGAUAGCCAAAUCCUGUCGCUUCCAACUCAAGAACAUAGCGCGCAUCCGCCCAUAUCUAACGCCGGACGCGGCUAAGGUACUGGUUCAUGCUGUUGUUCUCUCUCGCCUUGACUAUUGCAAUCCCCUUCUCACCGGUCUUACAUGUUCCCAGCUUGCACCGCUGCAAUCUAUAAUGAAUACGGCUGCGAGGCUUAUUUUCCUGUCCGGUCGCACCUCCCACGCCUCCACGCUCUGUCAGUCCCUGCAUUGGCUUCCAGUUAGAUAUAGGGCCCAAUUCAAAAUUCUGGCGCUUGCUUACAAAUCACUACAUAAUGCUGCUCCAACAUACCUAUCCUCCCUCAUACACAAGUAUGUCCCGUCGAGACCCCUGCGCUCAGCCCAAGACCUACGCCUAUCCUCUGCCCGGAUCCCCACCUCUGAUGCUCGCCUUCAAGACUUCUCCAGGGCUGCACCUAUUCUGUGGAACUCCCUUCCCUCCUCAAUCAGACUUUCACCCAGCCUUUGAAAACUCACUUCUUCAUUAAAGCGUAUUAAUUAAACUGUCAGCAGGUUUCUCAUAUCUGACCCCAUGACUCCGUUCCUGCACCUGUCAAAAAUGACCUACCAAGCACUCAAUAAACCCUUCUGUAACAAACUAUUUAAUUCCCCUACUUUAACCCUUUGUGUCACUAUAACCCACUCCCUCUAGCAUGUAAGCUCAUCGAGCAGGGUCCUCAACCCCCUCUGUUCCUGUACGUCAGUGGUCUGAUCUCAAUUAUGUGUCUGUUAGUCCACCCAUUGUACAGCGCUACGGAAUUUGUUGGCGCUAUAUAAAUAAUAAUAAUAAUAAUAAUAAUAAUAAUGUAUGUGACUUUCAAUAGCACUGAAGGAGUUAACACCCCAGCGUUUGUUUUGCAAUACAUAUAUUAUAGAGGUUUAUUUCUUUCUCUGUAAAUCUUUCUUGUCUGGUUUCCAUCCAGUAACAAAUUCUUUCUAUUCAAUUAAAUCUUCUUCUGUAUCUCGCAGGAUUUCCGAACAUUAUUUUUACUGUAUUGUUCCAAAAAUAUCACGGGAAAUCAGUCUGAGUCAUUAAUGUGUCAUUGGAGCCGGCCAGUAAUGGGAAAGAUUAUUAAUAAUUAAUUCGUUUUAUUUUUAACUUUUAUUUAAAGGUAAAUUCUAAAAGUUAUUCUAAGAUGUUAUUUCUGAACGGCAGAACACAAUCUGUACGUGACGCAGGACAACGGCCAGCAUGAAAAACUAAUAUCGGUUACAUGAGAUGUUCUACAAACAAUGCUGCUCUCUAUUUACUUCUUUUUUUUGUUACUCCUCUGCUGGCACUGGAAAUAAGAACUGGGGUUUAUAAUCUGAAUAUAGUCCUUCCUUAGAAUUAGGUAGAGAAUUACCAGGAUAUAUAGCUACACUGCCUUUAUAGGGUUAAAUAUUGUUUAUGCAUGUGUUCACAGGAUGUCUAGUAGCAAGCAGACAAUGAGAGAGAGGGAGAGUAAGACUGGGAAGGAUAAAGUACAAAUGUGACUUUAUUUUUUGUUUUGUUUGUUUACAUGCACUUCCCCAUCACCAUUCAGGAUGAAUCAAUGCAUCUCUAUGAGGAAAAUUCAGCGUCCCCAUGCAGUGCUGCCUACUGUGCAGCACUGAGCCAGGAAGCACCUCCAGUGUCCAUCUGAGUAGUGUUCCUAGGGGCAAUGUAAAGUGUUUGCAUGAAAAUGCUUGAAAGAAAUGAUUAUACUCAUCAGAACAACUACAUUAAGCAGUAGUUUUGUGACUAUAGUGUCCCUUUAAGCUUUUAAAAAAUAAAAUACAUGCUAAUUUGUGCACCUUGAAACUUGUAUUGAUUUCUUUUAGUUCAUUGUAAUCCGUUGUGAUGAGCGCUGGCCUGUGUAAUUAACAGGUGUAUUGGAGGUGAUUGCUAGUGAUUUAUUACCGACCCACUGACAGUCACGUGAUGAAGUCUCUGUCUCCAUUUACCUAGAAACUAAUUGCUUUUGGCUGCAGUAACUACGGACAACCAAAUUACCAUCACAAUAUCGGCAUAGCAGAUCACGCGGCCCUCUUAACAUUUCAUCGUUGGUUUCAAGAAUCCCCCCUUUCUACCCUGCUUUUGGGAAAUCUCUGCCAAGGCUUUAAAUAAGGCUCUUCCUUGUAGCCAAUGCAAAUUAAUUAUUGAUCUUGUGGAAGGGAAAUUGUCCGGCUAUAACAAAGAGUUCGUUCUCAGAUGGUGAAUCCUGCCCAGAUUAAGAGCUCCUUCUCAGAGAUUGUUAGGGAGAAAUAAAGCAAUUCCUUUUGCGUUCCGGAUCUUGUAACUUAUUUACUGUUUACGGUUUCAGUUACUCUUUCAUAACCUUAAAGACGGACCCCUAGUACCAGCAUUGUUACUUCUGUGAUCAUUAGUUGUUUCUAAAAGCUAGUUUAACAAUCUCUGACAGCGUAGCUAUGUGCCAUAAUAAUUGUAAAGCACAUUAAAAACGCUUACAAAUUGCAUUGGUUGUUUUUCAGUUUGCUUAGCUUACUUUUAUUUUAUUAAAAAGUGUGUGUGUAUAUAGUUUAGCAUUAUUCUUUUUCACCUGAGUUCAGAGAAUCUGGCCAAGCUGGAAACGAAUCUGCAAAUCACAGGUUCUGAUUUGUCUGUUGAAAUCACAUGCUCUCUACAGACCCGCAUUUUAUUUGGUUUCUGUGAUUGUUUGGAAAUAAAGAUCUGAUUACAAAAUAAGUUAUUGCUAUUUGUUUUAAAUAGGUUUUUAUUGUCGUUACAUUGUAUAAGCGGACAUCAAGCAUAUUAUUACGAAAACAUCCGGUCGCCUAUGCAGAGGCGUAUACAUAUUGGUACCAGUAAACGGAACGUUUGCAUUUAGUUUAGUGAAGCAGGCGUGUACUCUGUGUACUUUACAACAUAUUUCCUGGGUUUGCAGGACCUAGUGUGAUUUGGGUUUGUGUGUUCGCCUCGUGUGAGCCAGUUUGCGUAGGUGUUUUGUGGUGGCUAGUUUGUGCUUGUGCUUUUUCUUAGCUGGUUUGUGUAGUCUCCUCAUGUUGGUUGUCUGUGUAGUUGCGCUGAGUUGGCUGGUUUGCGUUGCUGCUUUGCGUUAUCUGGUUUGUGUAGUUGCUUUGCGUUUGUUUGCUUUUACUGUUGUCUCGCAUUAGCUAAUAUGUUGUAGGUAUGAUUAUCUUUUAUCUGUGUAAUCCUUGCGUAUGUACCCUAUGUAGUCGUGGUGGUGCCUGCGCAGCUGGAUUGCGCAUUGGCUAUCUGGUAUGGGUUAUUGCUAUUUGUACAGCAUUAAUAGUAUUUAGUUCAUGGGAUGUGCAGAACCGAAAAUUAGGAUAUUAUGAAAUUAAGCUCAUAUUUUAGUUUCUGCCUAGGUUAUUAUUCUUAUUUAUAAAGCGCCAACAAGUUCGGCAGUGCUGUACCAUGGGUGGACUAACAGACAAGUAUUUGUUACCGGACAAGUUGGACGUACAGGAACAGAGGGGUUGAGGACCCUGCUCAAUGCGCUUACAUGCUAGAGGGAGUGGGGUAUAGUGACACAAAAGGUAAUGGUAGUGGUAGAGAUAGGUUGCUAGGAUAGGUUCACAGUCCAGUCUGUAUAGUAUGCAGUUUGCUCAGCCUCCUUACAGCCAAAAUAUCUGGUGCUUGUGAGACACCGCUUUUUUUUUUGUGCGGGUUGUCCUUUCCGUGCGGUUCUCUAGCUUGUAAUCACCGAGGUACGUGAAUCCGUAAAAAUGACGGAUGUGCUGGGAAAUUUAUAUUUAACACGUUUUAGGCUGCGGUUGAAGUCCUUUUAAUUACGGAAUGCAUUAAAAAAUGGAGAGAAAAUGUAAUUGUGUUAAACAUGAUGUGGCUUAGAUUUUUUUAGAUAUCGUGAAAUCAAUCUCCGCUAUGUAAAUUAUUUAGACAGCUGCCAUGGAAGAGACUGUCUCUUUACAUGACACAGCCAUUGCUUUGCUGUCAAAAUCUAUGGGACUCUGCUUGUCACUAUAAAUCCCCUAACUAUCAAGAGUAAUCAAGGGGAAACUGGUGCAAAUUGAUAUCUUUAUGGUGCUCCGUUGCUGUCGUCUCAUGGGCUCUAUUACUUUCUUUUUGGUGACUGAUUUGCUUUAGAUGAAUUGCAGCAUAAUGAAUCGGUAUUAUAGACAAAAAUCUGUUUAAUUUUAUUUGGGUUUAUAUCAAGUUUUAUUAUAUAUAUAAUUAUUUUAUUUUUUUCAGGUACAUGGAGAAAUCAACAAAGUGGAAUUUAAUAGAAUGUGCUGGACUCUAUGUGCAAAGAAAAAUCUCACUAAAAGCCUGUUGUGUAUCACAGAGGAGAGUGCCUUUAAAAUAUGGGCCAUAUUCAACUUUUUAUCUGAAGACAAGUACCCUCUGAUCAUUGUCCCUGAAGAGGUAAGUGCAUGUGGCUUGUGUGCCCCCCCCCCCCCUAUCUCUCCUCCCAUGGUUUGAGGGGACAUUGUUUUGCCCCUGGAUUGGAGCACUACAUAAAAGGAAGCCAUUGCUGAUGUCAUGUGAUGUCCUCGGUAGACGCUCACAACUUUCGAAAGAAUCCCACUUCCUCUUGGUCAGAAGGCAGAACCACAUGCCUGUCAUGGUCCGAAUGCUAGAUAAAGCUGUUAAAUGUUCAUAUAAUCUGUAUAUUUAUUAUCUGGUCCCAAUCACAAUCCAACACUCUAGCAUUCUGGGUAAAUAGAUCAGGUAAUUUUGUUUCAUUAGUAAAUAUAUUGUAUAUUAUAUCUUUUAAUUACUGAUUUAUUUUUCUAUUAGGUCUACAGAUGUUGAUAUUUACAUAUUUUGUAUUUCAAUACUGAAGUGCUAGAACUUGUAUUGGAUGAAUAAGUUGUCAUGUUCUCUCCUGGUGAUUACAAAAUGCCUGUAUAUAGUAAUGUAUAAUAUAUAUAUAUAUAUAUAUAUAUAUAUAUAUAUAUAUAUAUAUAUAUAUAUAUAUAUAUAUAUAUAUAUAUAUAUAUAUAUAUAUAAUGUGAUACUCGUUAGGAUAUCGUGCAAAAGUUUAUUUCAGUAAUGAAACAUAAAAGGGUAAACUAAUAUAUGAGAUAGACGCAUAACAUGCAGAGCAAGAUAGUUCAAGCCGUGAUAAGUGCGAUGAUUAUGGCUUACAGCUCAUGAAAACCCCAAAUCCACAAUCUCUGUAAAUUAGAAUAUUGUGAAAAGGUGCAAUAUUCAAGGCUCACAGUGUCCCACUCUAAUCAGCUAAGUAAGCCAUAACACCUGCAAAGGGUUUCUGAGCCUUUAAAUGGCCUCUCAGUCUGGUUCAGUAGGAAUCACAAUCAUGGGGAAGACUGCUGACCUGACAGUUGUGCAGAAAACCAUCAUUGACACCCUCCAUAAGGAGGGAAAGCCUCAAAAGGUAAUUGCGAAGGAAGUUGGAUGUUCCCAAAGUGCUGUAUCAAAGCACAUUAAUAGAAAGUUAUGUGGAAGGGAAAAGUGUGGAAGAAAAAGGUGCACAAGCAGCAGGGAUGACCGCAGCCUGGAGAGGAUUGUCAGGAAAAGGACAUUCAAAAGUGUUGGGGACUUUCACAAGGAGUGGACUGAGGCUGGAGUCAGUGCAUCAAGAGCCACCACACACAGACGAAUCCUGGACAUGGGCUUCAGAUGUCGUAUUCCUCUUGUCAAGCCGCUCCUGAACAACAAACAACGUCAGAAGCGUCUUACCUGGGCUAAAGAAAAACAGACCUGGUCUGUUGCUCAGUGGUCCAAAGUCCUCUUUUCUGAUGAGAGCAACUUUUGCAUCUCAUUUGGAAACCAAGGACCCAGAGUCUGGAGGAAGAAUGGAGAGGCACACACUGCAAGAUGCUUGAAGUCCAGUGUGAAGUUUCCACAGUCUGUGUUGAUUUGGGGAGCCAUGUCAUCUGCUGGUGUUGGUCCACUGUGCUUCAUUAAGUCCAGGGGCAAUGCAGCUGUCUACCAGGAGAUUUCGGAGCACUUCAUGCUUCCUUCCGCAGACGAGGGGGAUGUUGACUCAUUUUCCAGCAGGACUUGGCACCUGCCUACACUGCCAAAAGCACCAAGGCCUGGUUUAAUGACCGUGGGAUUACUGUGCUUGAUUGGCCAGCAAAUCAAGGCCAAGAGAAAGAUGAGACAUGAGUCCGAACAAUGCAGAAGAGCUGAAGGCUGCUAUUGAAGCAUUCUGGUCUUCCAUAACACCUCAGCAGUGCCACAGGCUGAUAUCUUCCAUGCCAUGCCGCAUUGAGGCAGUAUUUGCUACAAAAGGGACCCAAACCAAGUACUGAGUCCAUAUGCAUGCUUAUACUACGAUAUUGUUCUAUGUACACUCCUUGUUUUAUUGAUUGCAUGUAAUAUUCUAAUUUACUGAGAUUGUGUAUUUGGGGGUUUUCAUGAGCUGUAAGCCAUAAUCAUCGCACUUAUGACAAAUCACGGCUUGAACUAUCUUGCUUUGCAUGUAAUGCAUCUAUCUCAUAUAUUAGUUUCCCCUUUUACGUUGCAUCACUGAAAUAAAUGAACUUUUGCACGAUAUUCUAAUUUUUCGAGUAUCACCUGUAUAUCUGUUUCCUUUUGCCCUUGUACCCUUUAACCCCUUAAGGACACAUGACAUGUGUGACAUGUCAUGAUUCUCUUUUAUUCCAGAAGUUUGGUCCUUAAGGGGUUAAAUCUGCCUCAUCUGUUUGGAGACAAAACCAGUUUUGCUAUUUUUGUGUCAGUGGGGAAAUCCCACUUUUUCAUUUUUACAUUUAUUUGGCUUGAUUUAUUUAGAAUUUGUGCUUUCAUAACCUUGGACUCUAUUUUUAAUAUUUUUUGGAUAAGGUUUUCAAAUGAUUCCAAUCUGUUAGAAAAAAUGGAUUUGUCCACAAUAGUCCCCAUUAAAGUUUAUGGGAAUUUUUGCAGGUAAUUAAUGUCAAAUGUUUUUCUAACAGAUUGUGGUAAUUUGAAAAGAUUAUCCAAAAAUAUUAAAUGUAUACCUUUGUUUGCGCCGGGUAUAAUUUCUGUUUAAAACUCUGUUAAUCAUUAAUGAAAAGGUUCUUUUUGACUGCUGUAUCUGUUUUAUGUGAGUGUAAAGCUUUCUUGUUGCAGCUCUGCAUGAUACAACUAACAAGACAAUUCUUAUUUCCCGUCAAUCUGGUUAAUAAUAAAACGGCGGGUCCUCUUGUCAGGAGUCUGUUUACCUGAAAGGGGCUAAGGGGACCUGCUCUGCCAGAACAUAGUUUGCACACUGAGAUUUAAGACUAGGGUCAAGACCCACUAUACAUGGGCCUGGAUCGAUAUGCUUCACACAAUCUAAUACGUAUUGUAUACCGGGGAAUGGCUGAAAUCUGUUAAAUAGUAUCCAGAAUCCCCAGUGUGCGCCAUUUAUCCUUCUUCAGUAAAAAGGAACUAACCGUAAUGCCUCUAUAAUUAUUGUUGUUGUUACUAGCAUAACCUAUCAAACAGCACGGUACAACAGGAGAUAGACCAUACUGUAUACAAAUAAUAAAGAUGGCCUAGCCCUGAGGUGAGAUUUAGUGACAUUCAUUACGGUAUGCACCUGGCUUUAAAAAUUUCUAUUGUUUUUGUAGAUGUUUUGUUAAACUGAGACUUACUGUCAGGGCUUUCAUUUUUGCGGAGCACAUUAUGUUUUGGAAAAUUACUGGCCCAUCCAGAUAACAGCAGUAUAUACCCGCCUGGGCUCGCACUGGGGCUGUAAAGAUAGCCUCUGUCGUUUGUGGGUGGUAGAGCGUGUGUACCCUGAUAAUUAAUGUACAAGUACACACGUUGUAGGAUCUUUAAUAAAAGGAGAUGUUUGUUGAUUAGUGAAUACUGCUAUUUUGUGUUUCAUCAGUAAACUGCAACUUAACCGAAAGUAUUAUUUUACUAUUGGCAGAACACAUAAUAAAAACCACUAAAAAUAAGCUUCACUUAGUUAGAGAUGAUGAUAAUCUAUACAUUGAAAUGAUAAUCUUCCUCAGAGCAUUAUUAGCUAGAAGGCCUCAUUCACUAUCCCUAUGUGAAGAAUGAAGAGGGGCCACACCGGCACCCUGCCUCGGCCCUGUGGGAUCUAAUACUUUAUGGGCUUUACCCCAGCCAAUGUCUAAAUAUGGCCAUAUAAUUUAUCAUAUAGUGUGACUGCAAUAAUGUCUGUAUGUCUAUAUAAUGUCGGUCUGGGACUCCCUAGCGGCUGUGUGAGGGAAUCACUAGUGCUAAGAAGAGUUUUAAAUUCAUGUUUCUUUACAUGACGUGGUGAUCUUUGUACAUCAGCCCCAAAUGUAAAGAUGCAUAAAUCAAAGAUGUAUAUGUUUUUAUGACCUGCACAUGACAUUUAUAAAUCUACAUUAUAGUGUGCGUACUCUGCAGUGUGUAUGUAAUCCGAUUCCUGUCCGUAACAGCCGUUGCCAAAAACUUCCUCUUUCUGUCAUUUCUGCAUUUUUUUUAAUUUUUUUUUUUUACAAAAACUAAGCACAAAAGGGGGUUAAACAUUAAAAAAAACUGCUUACCCAGUGAUUAUUUUAAAACCAUUCUGAGUCUUAAUGUAAAAUCCCAGGUCAGAGUCACAGUGUUCCUUCAAAUAAUCUUAAAAUCAAUGUGAGGAACAAGGCAGGUUUAUAGUGCACUAAGGGAGAGAUUUACUGAGUGGAAAUCCCUGUCAUUUAACAGGUCUCGUUGAGAGAGACAUCGCUAUAACAGACACCGAGAGCUUACAGGGAGCAUAGAGAGACAGAUGGACUUAAGUGGAGUAGAGAGACCGUGAGAGUGCGUAGUGGAGUAUACAGAGAGAUCUUGAGAAUGCAUUGGAGUUUAGAAAGAGACGCAGUGAGGGAAUGCAGUUUAGUAUACAGAGAGACAGACAAUAUGCGAAUGCAAUGGAGUGUAGAGAGAGAGAGAGACAGCAAAGGAAUGUAACACAGGAUAUCAUUAAAGUAUAACAUUGUAUAUGUACACGUAUAACUUUCUAACCCCUUUCGGAUCUAGAAUUAAUUGGUUUCCUGUUGGGCCCAGCUCCCUGAUUGUCUCUCACCCUGACCGGAUGUAGUUUUUCAGGAUCCGGUUUCAUUAAGCAUUGACUCUUCAACCUUUUAUGACCUACCUGGGACAAAGCAUUCUGACAGCUUGGCUUAUUUACGAUUUUGAGAAAGACCUGUACAUCCAGUUUGAUACCAUGUAGUCUGGUCCUGAGUAAGGUCAUUGUGGGUGAAGCUUGGCCAGUGUCCAGUAAAUAAGGUUCCACCAUGGUGUGCCGGUUAUCAGAAGCAUCGCUUGGAUUUGUACAAGCUGUAUUUCAUUCAUCCAUUUCAAGCGGAGGCCAAGAUAAACUGGCGACCUUGAGCCUGAUAAGGAUAUGGUGGCAUUCGGAAUACAGUGUUCAAGCCGGUCCGUGGCAUCUGUACCUAGCAAUGUCAUUGGUGACUGAGGCCAACGGAGAGUGCAAUACAGAGUUUGGUUAAAUGAAAAUUGUCUCCUUUUGCAAGGAACCAUCUGAUGGAAUGAUGUACCUAGUUCUACAAGCGACAGAUGGCGAUGAUGUGAAUGAAAUACAUAAAAGAACAAGGACCAGGUGCCUUUUCAUUGUUUGAGAUCUGUUUGGCUGUUCUGUGAUAGAAACCUCUUGAUACCCAGAGUGCAGCAUUACGGACAUGACAUGGACCAUGUUUAUCGAAUGUCAUUAAUACAAUAUUUAGAUAGAACUAUGGUAGAAGGGCACAUUCUUCCUGUGUUAUCCGUGGUAAGGACAGAAAUUGCCCCAGGAUCACAGCAAACAAAUUAACUAUGUAUAUAGCAUGUUUACUCCUUAAAUAAAUAGCUAUUUUAUUUAUGAAUAAUUUAUCAGAAAAAGUGUUUCAGUAUUCUGCUUCCUCCAUCAUAAAGCUCUGGAGGUCUUUAUGGUCCACACAGAGAGCUCAACCUCUUGCUGUCUGAGUUAAUAAAGGUGAUGGUCCAUCUCAAUGGUUUCCUACUAUCAGGGAAGCAGAUCCUACAUCUCUCUAUGCAGCCAAAACACAAAAUAUACAACAACAAAAGUAAAAAUAGAGAUUAUUCUCUGUAACCAAAGCUGGGGGAACCAGACCUUCUUCAGAAAUAAAAAGAAUAGCUCCCAUUUCAUCCAGGCUUCAUACACACUAUUACUUACUACAAAUCCCAUAAUCCUUUCUGCAUUUUCUGUUGGUAGCCCCACAUUAAUUAAGUAGUGUCUCUGCCUGUGUAGAAUAGAACCGUAAAUCUGUUUAACUCGUUGAUGUGGACAAACCGUGGCAGCCACGGGCUAUGAAGGGGUUUACAGGUCUCUAAACUUGAGGGGCAUCUAGCUGGUUUUCUACAUUAUUUCCCAUCAUUUUUUAUUUUGUUUUGCCAGUUUGUCUGCUCGCAGGGAAUUAUGGGAAAUAUAGUCCUGGUUAGAGAAUAGUAAAGUAAACAAUGUGUUUAAUGAUUCUUACACAAUGAGUUGUAUGUAUGUAUAUAAUAUGUAUAUGAUCAGGGACAUGACGGGAAAGUCCCACAUCCUGGUUCUCAGAGGGGUAAUACACCUUUAAAUGACUGAGGAGUGUAGGGAGAGAUAAGGAUUAGACAGAUAUAAGCAUUCUCUGAUCAGCUAGAAAUUAAUCUAAAAUGCAAUUUCUAGAGAAUAAUUUCCGGUUUCAUGAUAUCUGCGAUGUGUCAUUUAUUAGCUCUGUAACGGGAAAUAAAGAAAGCAUUCACUGCAAUAUAAGGAAGCCGUGUGAUGUAAAUGGAUUUUAUCUCAUUCUGCCUCAAACGGCAUAAGUUGGAGUUUUAAAAAAAAAAAAAAAAAAGAAUUUUUGAUGACAAAUCCGUUUUUAAGUUUCAGAAUUGUUUUCUUCAUUGUAAUUUCGACAUCUUGGUUGAGUUCAGCUGAGAAUUUCUUCAUUGUGUGAAUGCAAACGUCCCAUACUCUAAAUACCAGCACAACAGUCACGAGCUGACACGGGGGAAAUUAACCCUCCACAGGCCACAGCCACCACCAUACAGGACAUCAAAGAGAUCAAGUAUGGCCAUAGAAUGCUCGUUAAUUAGCAUUAACCCAUUGGAUGCCACAACGCAUUGUUUUACAAAUCAUUCAUUUUAGCAUUGCCGAGGUGCUUUACACCAAACUUUAAUAAAUGUUGUAUCAACGACACAGUUCUGGUAUCAUUACAAAAAAGCCUUUUUUUUUUUUUUGCUGUGAACUCUAACUCAUAUUCACCUGGCUGAGAAGGCUAGGAGUUGCAGUGCACAGCAUUUAUCAUGGUUCUAGUGCAACCUUCUUAAGAAAGUGGGGUACACCACAGGAACCUGUGCUAUAAUGCAGCUCCCCAAUAUAAACAGCGCUGUGCUCUUCAGAUUUGUGAGCAGACAUUUGACAUUUUUGUCAACAAGUGGAUCUGGAAUUGUGGACUUUAGGAAAAAUAGUUUAACUAGAAAAUAUCCUUGUCAGACUGGACUGUUUUGUCCUAAAUUUUUUUUUUGUUUUGUUUUCCGUUCACCUUAACGGGACACUAUAGUCACCAGAACAACUCCAGCUUGUUGUAUCUGUUCUGGUGAGUAGAAGCAUUCACUUCAGGCAUUUUGUAAUAAAGUCUUCUCAGAGAAAUGGUUUAUAUUAUAGCUUAGGGACACCUUAAGUUAAAUUAGGGCCAAAUAAUGGAGCAGUAUAUGUGCUGACUUAUUAUUGUGUGAAAUAAAAGUUACAAGGAACUUUAUCUAAUCUUUCAUUAUCUUAAAUAAAACUGUGACAAUGUGAUCUUAUCCUAGCGGAAUGAAACCAUAUGUGAAGUGACGGCUAUAAUGUUACAGAAUUAUUUCAGCCACCAAUUUAUUAUUAAAAAGUGCAAACAUAUUCUUAGUGCCUUACAGAAAACAUAAACAAGGGGAAAUAUAAGAUACCAAAUGUGACUUUUACAACUGCCUAGCUCCAUUUUAUCAUCUCACUUUGAGUUUGAUUCGUUCCUUUGAAUUUCCUCGUUUUGUAUUUUCUGUGAAUUUUUAGAUCUGAGGAAAGAGACAUCGAAAAGGGACGAAAAAAAUAUUUUCAACCUAAACUAAACAAUUUGAUCCCCUAUAAAAUAUACUCUGUCCGAUACCAAUACUACUGGAAAAGGGGCAUUGGGUAACUACUAUCCCCAGCUCCAUUGUCCAUUGACAGCAUGUAUAUAUAUGGCAGUGAUAGCAGGAGGGGGAAUGUUUCCAUAUAUGUAUUCUGCAUUCUGAUGUGAUAUUUUGUUACACAGAUUGAAUAUUUGCUGAAGAAGUUAACGGAAGCCAUGGGAGGAGGGUGGCAGCAAGCUUUGUUUGAAGAUUACCGAAUCGGUCUUCACAGGAAGCAGAAUGGUUUAUCUGCAUGGGAACUCAUCGAGCUGAUAGGCAGCGGAGAGUUUAGUAAAGGAAUGGACCAUACCACCGUCUCCAUGGCAAUUAACGAGGUCUUUAACGAGCUGGUACUGGAUAUCCUAAAACAGGUACGUAGAGCUACUGAGAUGUCCCCAGUUUGGGUUCAGUCAUUGGGGCUACACGUCCAGAACUACUACGCAACACGGUGAUAAAAGUGGAGCAAACAGCAGAAAAAUACCAUUGGUUUCCAUGGUGACUGCUCCACAUUUAGCACCGCAUUGCUGUUUACAGAUCACUCCCAUUGUGCAAUAUAAAUGUCCAACGGACGACAAUACUCAGAUAUUUUUUUUUGUAGUUUCUUUAAAAUGAUUUGGCUGCGGUUUCACAUGUAAGGAAUUUAAAACCGGAUUUAUUUAGGAAAGAUUGAGGUUUAUUCACUAAUUGUGGAAAUGUGAAGAGUAACAUUACACAUUUAGAUCAUAAUAAUCAAUAAUUCCCCAGCACGGCUAGUUGGGCCUAAUAUCUACAUUUCUCUGGUCUGAUUUCCAUAUUUCCAAGAUUCGUAAAUAAACCCCAAGAAGAAUGUUAGAUAUUAGAUUUUGCAAGGUCCCCCAGAUGCUCAGAUAUACUCUAGGCAAGUUCAUAGCUGUCAGAUUGGCUGCUAAAAUAAAGUCACACUCCCGUGUGAGACAUUACAAGUACCUGGACAUUUCUCCAAUGUAAUGUCGUCCUUAACUGCAGAUUCAUUAAAUUGCUUUCGUUUAAUGAUUAUUUUUGUAGUAUUUUGAAGUUUAACUUUGGCAUUCACGUUGGGAACAUGAAAGCAACUCUACAUGAUCCGUGUCAGGUUUUACCUCCUAAAUGUGGAAUAAACCGGCAUUGUGUCAUGAUCUAGAACUGGUGCAGAAAGAGAUUGGAAUUCAUACAUAAUAAAUGGCAACCAGGGGGAGAUCAACAACAUUUAAAUGUGCUCAUGAAAUUAUAUGAAUAAAUGAAACAUGUGGGGACUGCAGUUGAAUGUCUCUGAGUAUACUUAACAUACAAAGAUGGUAUUCCAACGUGCAAAAACAGCUUACAGCGGUUAUUCAUUUCCGCAAACUACAACUCCCACGAUGCUCAGCCAGGGUUUUAGACUACCUGUACAAGUCAGCAUUAUGGGAAAUGUAGUUUGUAAAGCUCUGUGAUGGCAAGGUGUGAUAUCACUGACUCAUUUGCAAGUCUAGAAAUAUCACAGAGAACACAUUGAAUAUAAAACCUCUCUAGCUGCCCCACUCAGCUGCUUUAUUUAGAUGGGGCUCUGGUUCCACCUAGUGGAUAAUAGGUUAAAGUCAUUGCACUUACAAAUCUAUAACCACAGGAAGCGUUCUAUAUAAACAUUUAUGGCAAUCUGUGUUGAGUCAUGCUGACUGUAGGUUGAGAAAAUUGCAAAUAAACUUGUUACAAUCUAAGCUGUUUUUCAAAUGUGCUUUUCAACAUUUACUGGUUAGUAAACCCAUUUAAAGGGACACUAUAGUCACCAGAACAACUACAGCUUAUUGAAUUUGUUCUGGUGAGUAUAAACAUUACCUUUAGGCUAUUUGCUGUAAACACUGUCUUUUCAGAGAAAAUGCAGUGUUUACAUUACAGCCUGGUGACAACUCCACUGGCCACUCCUUGGAUGGCUGUUAGAGAUCCUUCCUGGGUCAUGGCUGCCUAAAAUGCAUCCAAACAUUCAGUAUUUCCACCCUCUGCAUGCAGACACUGAACUUUCCUCAUAGAGAUUCAUUGAUUCAAUCCAUCUCUAUGAGGAGAUGCUGAUUGGCCAAGGCUGUGUUUGAAUUGUGCUGGCUCUGCCAAUCCUAUGGGGAAGCACUGUGAUUGGAUCAGGCUACCACUUCUGAUGAUGACAGCAGGCAGGUUUAAAAGAAACAGGCACAAAAUAAGCAGCCGCAGACUUGAAUGCAAGUAAGAUUUUACUAGAUUUAGGGAGGCAUGAGAGGGACCAGGCUGGCUAGAUGGUGGUUUUAACACUAUAGGGUCAGGAAUACAUGUUUGUGUUCCUGACUCUAUUGUGCUCCUUUAAUUUUACGUUUCAUAACCGUUAGUUAGAAAAACUUAUUUUUUUUUAAAUUAACGGAUUAAGUCCAAAAAUCAGCAAAAUAGUUUGGCAGGUCACCAUUCAUUACUUGUGAUAGUCCUUUUCCCAUGCAGGAUGUGUUUUUAUAAAAUCUCUAAAUUUACUGUAUUUUUGGUUAGUAAUUUAAUGAAUGUAAGCUCAUGACUCCAUUACUUUAUUCACACUUUAUUGUGUAUUUUAAUUAAACGUGGAAAAGGGUUUAUUCGCUAAAGUGAGUUUUACAUUUACAGCCAAAAUAACCAAAAAGGAAACAUUCUUCCUCCGCUGUCUGUGCUAUCAGUUUGGCUACUUUGGCCUUAAAUUCACUUUAAGUUCCCCGUUUAGUAAAUUGUGAUAAGACUAGCACUCGCACAUGAACUUUAACCAUUACACAAUAAUCCCAGCAAUGUACAUGAGGUGUGUUUUAUUUUGUGUGCACAUUUCUUUGAACGUAAUAAAAUAAACCACAUUGUGAGUGGCCAGCUUGACCGCUGAGCUGGCAAUCUUAACAGAACAGAAGCCCUGACACUGUGAUCUGUCCUCUGCAGGGUUACAUGUGGAAGAAAGGACACAAGAGAAAGAACUGGACCGAGCGGUGGUUUGUUCUGGAGCCCAACAUGAUCACAUAUUACAUCGGCGAAGAUCUAAAGGACAAAAAGGGAGAAAUUAUUUUGGACGGGAACUGCUGUGUUGAGGUAAAAUAAAUACAUUUAAGCAACCACACAAAAUAUCUCAAAGCGAGCCCUUUCUCUCUGGAAUACGAUGUUCGCACAGCCCCCCAACGAUAUGGGGAGACUUAGAAAUGUCCUACUAAUAGAAAAUGUUAAGGCAGCAAGAAAGAUUCCCAGGCACUCAAAGUGUGAAAACCGCAAGCCGAUUUAUUGAAACAAAAAAGACUCUCAGUAGGUCGAAACGUUGCUGUCUUUUUGAUUCAAUAAAUCUGCCUGCGGUUUGCACACUUUGAGUGCCUGGGAAUCUUUCUUGCUGCCUUAACGUGUUGGGAUUGCUGGGCCUGUUCCAGAGCACCGGUGGCUGCUGGGAUUGAGUGCGGUUCCUGUGAUCAAUUUUACUAAUAGAAAAUGUGACAAUUGCCAUGAAAACCAAUGGAAUGGUCCUGCUGUUUCCGUGGUGAUUGCCCCAGCGGUUAUAUCGUUCUAGACUCACCAUCUUAUUAUUAUGAGUAAAUAAUAAUUAUUCACUUUUAGGCUGAAAUAACCGUAAUGGAGAAAUUGCCCAAUUUGACUAUUUUGAUCUACAAUUUGCGGUGCCAUACCGUGCCAAUAUUUAUACAUUUCUCAGGCAGUGAGAGUGUUGACGAGAUGAGUUUGAGAAGCUUCCCGUUUCGGGAUUAAUUCAGUAAACUCUGAAUUAUAGCAAAUUAAAACCUGAAUAUAAAGUUUAGACUAAAAUAAUCACACCAUGAAUUGCAGAAUGUAUCCAAAUCUCCUAUUGUAGCCUCAGUUGUGCAGUUCUGCUUCAGUUCUCUACACUUCCAGGUUUAUUGAUGAAGUGUAAUGCUGUUUAAAUUGAAUAGUGGUCCUUUUUAUUUUAAUCUGGGUAUUUCACAGUAUUAUGUAACAGUUGGAUUGCAGAUGGCAAGAGUUGGGGCACAGAAUGAAGGGUUUUGCCUUUCAAUGCCCGUUGUGUAAGCUGGCUGAAGGACAGAUGAGAGAAUUCUACCCACGUCGGCUCUAUAAAUGCUCCUCUGUUUUUAUCUGCAACUUUACCGCACAUCUGUGUGACCUUCCUGCUACGAUUCCCAAGCCAAGUGCGUUAAAUAGGGGGCUUAUUAAUAUAUAUUCUUGUCAGUCCCAUACAGACUGAAACCUCUCCAAUUCGUGGGGGGACAAAUGACACUAGCUUAGAGCCUCAGCUGCUGAAGAAUGUCUUGGCUGCUGUUCUUUGUCUAUUUAAAAACAGAAUAUUACUGAGUGGGUAAUGAUGAGAUAUCAGGGUAUCGCUAUAUGAAUAUUCUUCCUAUAAAAGUAAAAAAAAAAAAAAUAUAUAAGUAUAGCAACCAAAACAACUGUACAGCUUCCUCCCACAACACCUGGACUUUGUACAAUGUCACACAUCUGACCGGCACAAUGUACAGAACGCUGUUUCCCUGAAGCUAACCUACUCGUUUACACUUUAUUCUGGUUGGUAAGUUGACCAAGGCGCCUGCUACAUUCAUUCUAGGCAUUAUUAGACGUAGGGCUAGAGUGAGAUUUGUAACAAAUUCAAAGUGACUCUCAAAUUUUAAAUUAACUUAGAAUUUCUGACAAUUCUCACUUUAGAAAAAUAACCACAAUGAAAUCGAUCAGGGCUCAGAUCUGAGCUGUAGCACCCCCUAGUGAUGUAUUUAAAAGCCGUACCAGACUGGACUUUAAACUAUGGUAAGAAUUCUGUCUAUGUAUCACAGUGCAGUCAUUUAGCUGUCCCAGGUUGUGGAGUACCAGGAGAGUAUUCGUAUAAUUUGGGCCUGUGCUUUCUCUUUCUGUUUGUAGAAAUGAAAGGGGGACUUUUAGGCCAAUCGAUAAGCAAAGUGCACAGGGAUACAGCUCCCCGCACCCCUCUUAAUAGGAGUCACACUCGGAAAAUUUUAAAAUGUCUUGCUUUCUCUCCUAGUCAUUGCCAGAUAAAGAUGGGAAGAAAUGCCUGUUCCUGGUGAAAUGUGUGGAAAAAAGCUACGAGAUCAGCGCAUCGGACAAGAAGAAGAAACAGGAGUGGAUCCAAGGUGAGCUGCAGACUGGAUAUUAACUAUUCGCCAUUCAGCUAACCGGGUGGUUGGAGAUGGUUGGGUCGUUACGUUAUUUUUUAGUUUAUUAAGUUGGACAUUAAUUUGUAUUAUUAGCAUUGUAUAGGAACCAAAUUACCCAUUUACGCCAACAUUGUGUUAUUUAGUUUAAAGGUUCGAGAAGUACACGGAAAACCACGGAUCCAAGACUAUCACGGGCACAACACUGGUGCCCCUCAAAAUCCCUCCUCUAACCCCCCACCCCCCUUUUUUCCCUCUCUCUUCCCCAUCUUCCUGUGUCUUCUUGUUCUCCUUUCUACACCGCUUGCUCUCUUUCCCUGCCCUCGCGCAAGAUUCUGACCCCGUUGACCGUGCGCACUAGUCCCAACCACAGCGGGACGGGAAGGUACGGCAAAUUUGGGCCACAGGUCAUAUACGGAUGCUCCGCUAAUCUCCUAAUGCCCACUAUUAUAGACUGAUCCAACUGAUUACACCACCCAUUCGACGUAACAGGGUCUGCGCAAGGAGUGCGCGGUUCUGGGCAAUGAGACUUCACGUACUAUAAACCUACUAUAUACCAAUACUGUAUGGGAAGAUAAGUCCCCCCCCUAUGAACUCCGCUUUCAGGUUAGCUAUACCAUAGCCAAUAUAGUGGCUCCUAUCCACCUAGAAGUUAUUGCUAGGUUACAUACCAUCACUACGAUAUCAGGCGACUUUUGGCCACCUACUACACAGUCUCCGACUUGAUCACCCAGAGUUGACACAAUCACUACUUACUAUGCGGCCCUACGAUUCAGACAUUUGCAUAUUAAACGCAUGUACCAUAAAGAGUUUACCAAUACUGAUGUUUUAUUACCUCCUAAUUGAUAAUACUGUUUAAGUUUACAUUCAUUUGCAAUCAUAUUGCUAUUUACGACUAUGCGAGACCUGUGUGUCUCCUAUGUUGCUAUUCUAUCGCACUGUUGUACGUUUUCGAUGACACAAAUAAAAGCUGAUUGACUUAAAGGUUCGAAAAGGUUGCAAUCUUACUAAUUAGCUGGUGAAGCAGAAAUGGGGGGAAAAAGCAAAACAAUGACAUAAUAAAAAAAACCUUUUAGACCAGUGAUUCCCAUCCUCAAGUACUCCCUACCAGGCCAGGAUUUAGUGAUGACCCAGUUGUGUCCAAGGUGUUUUUUAGAAAACAAUCCUGGCCUGUUAGGGGGAACUUAAGGACUGGGUUGGGAACCCCUGCUUUAGACCAAAUUACUGUAUAUACUCGUGUAUAAGUCGAGUGCAGUUUUGUGACCAACAAUUGUGAAAUAUGCUAUGCCUUGUGGAUUAGUCGAGGGUAAAACUUGGAGCUAUGAAAUUCACACACACUCAUACAAACACACACUCUGCAUUAUAUACACACACUCAUACAAACACACUCCGCAUUAUAUGCACACACACACACACACUCAUACAAACGCACACUGUUAUAUGCACACACACACUCAUACAAACGCACACUCUGCGUUAUAUGCACACACACACUCAUACAAACGCACACUGCGUUAUAUGCACACACACUCAUACAAAAGCACACUCUGCGUUAUAUGCACACACUCAUACAAACGCACACUCUGCGUUAUAUGCACGCACACACUCAUACAAACGCACACUCUGCGUUAUAUGCACACACACUCAUACAAACGCACUCUGCGUUAUAUGCACACACACACUCAUACAAGCGCACUCUGCGUUAUAUGCACGCACACACUCAUACAAACGCACACUCUGCGUUAUAUUCACGCACACACUCAUACAAACGCACACUCUGCGUUAUAUGCACACACACACUCAUACAAGCGCACUCUGCGUUAUAUGCACACACACACUCAUACAAACGCACACUGCGUUAUAUGCACACACACUCAUACAAAAGCACACUCUGCGUUAUAUGCACACACUCAUACAAACGCACACUCUGCGUUAUAUGCACGCACACACUCAUACAAACGCACUCUGCUAUAUGCACACACACUCAUACAAACGCACUCUGCGUUAUAUGCACACACACACUCAUACAAGCGCACUCUGCGUUAUAUGCACGCACACACUCAUACAAACGCACACUCUGCGUUAUAUUCACGCACACACUCAUACAAACGCACACUCUGCGUUAUAUGCACACACACUCAUACAAGCGCACUCUGCGUUAUAUGCACACACACACUCAUACAAGCGCACUCUGCGUUAUAUGCACACACACACUCAUACAAGCGCACUCUGCGUUAUAUGCACACACACACUCAUACAAACGCACACUCUGCGUUAUAUGCACACACACACUCAUACAAAUGCACACUCUGCAUUAUAUACACACACACUCAUAUAAACACACACUCUGCAUUUGUAAUGGAUCACCUGGCACCCCGACUGGGUACCUCCGUUGAUGGAUGCUCCUAGCGCUUCUUGAGGACUCCAAGCACUCUAGUCGACACCACAACCACCACAGGCGAAGCAGGAUCAAACUCAUAAAAGAGCUUAGGAGUGAUUAUAGCAAGGGAAUAUGCAGAGCAUAGCAAUCCCUUGUAGCAGAUUCCCCCCAAUAAGAGACAGGACUCCAAAUUGAGGAUGAAGUAGAACUGUCUAAAACUUUAUUUUACUUGGGACUAGCCCAUAUGGUCAUUACAUUAACAUUGCUUUGAAAACUCAAUAAAAUGACAAACAAUCAAAUCAUAGCAGGCAACAUACAGUGACUUAUUAUAACAUAAUUACAUAUUUAUAAAUGGGUGGGGAAGACCAUAAUUAACACAAAAUGUCUCUCCUGCAUGCAGAAUUAGCGAUAUGCAAAUCACCAGUCUUGCUAUUCAGGUAGUGCAUAUUACUGUUGCUACCAACAGAGGGCACUACACAAGCUCCAUAGCCAAAUCCACCUAGUUGGUAGCAAUCCUCAGCAGUACAGGAGAGCAGGCAAUACAUCCCAGGGGCCAUAGUCACAUGGCAGGAGGCUGGCAAUCAGUCUUCUCCAAUGCCCAGUGGCGAGGCUGGUUCCGCCACAGCAUUAUAUACACACACACUCUGCAUUAUACACACACACUCUGCAUUAUAUACACACACACUCAUACAAACACACACUCUGUAUUAUAUACACACACACUCAUACAAACACACACUCUGCAUUAUACACACACUCAUACAAAAACACACACUCUGUGUGUGUGUGUGUGUGUGUAUAAUGCAAACACACACUCUGCAUUAUACACACACUCAUACAAACACACUCUGCAUAAUACACACUCAUACAAACACACACUCAUACAAACACACACUCUGCAUUAUAUACACACACGCUCAUACAAACACACUCAUACAAAAACACACACUCUGUGUGAGUGUGUGUGUGUAUAAUGCAAACACACACUCUGCAUUAUACACACACUCAUACAAACACACACUCAUACAAACACACACUCUGCAUUAUAUACACACGCUCAUACAAACACACACUCUGCAUUAUAUACACACGCUCAUACAAACACACACUCUGCAUUAUAUACACACACGCUCAUACAAACACACACUCUGCAUUAUAUACACACACGCUCAUACAAACACACACUCUGCAUUAUAUACACACACGCUCAUACAAACACACACUCUGCAUUAUAUACACACACGCUCAUACAAACACACACUCUGCAUUAUAUAUACACACACUCAUACAAACACACACUCUGCAUUAUAUAUACACACACUCAUACAAACACACACUCAUACAAACACACACUCUGCAUUAUAUGCACACACACACUCUGCAUUAUAUACACACACACACACACACACACACUCUGCAUUAUAUACACAAACACACACACUCAUACAAACACACUCUGUGUGUAUAUAAUGCAGAUUGUGUAUGUUUGUGUAGUUUGUGUAGUGUGUGUGAACUGGGUGGGGGGGAAGGGCAUUUUUAGUUUUAUUUUAUUUUUUUAAAAUUUUUAAUUUUAAUUUUAUUUUAUUAUUUAAUAUUUUUUUUUUUAGUCCCCCCUCCCUGCUUGUUAACUGGUCAGGGAGGGGGGCGAUCUUAAUCCCUGGUGGCAUGGGCUGUGCAGGGGGGAGCGGAGCAAGCUGUUACAUACCUUUUGUAGCAGCUACGGUCAGCUCCCUUCACCUCCGUGCAUCUCCCCUGUCAGCUCCCAGUGUAAAUCUUGCGGUUUGCGUGCAGCGCGGAGCAUUGCCACGGUAACCCGUGGCAACGCUCUGACUGCCGUGGGUGUCGCGAGAUUUACACUGGGAGCUGACAGGGGAGCUGCACGGAGGUGAAGGGAGCUGACCGGAGCUGCUGUAAAUGUAGGUGAAGGGAGCUGACCGGAGCUGCUCCCAGGCCCCAACAAUGUAAGUUGCCAUAAUACAGACCUUGACUUGAGUAUAAGUCGAGUGGGCCUUUUUUUUUUUUUUUUUUAGCACAAAAAAUUUGCAGAAAAACUCGACUUAUACUCUAGUGUAUACGGUAGCCCAAUCUGAAUGGGGCAAGAUUAUAAAGGUCUGCUCCAGUACUGGGGAACGUCUCUCUCUGUGUGCAGGGAUUCCGAAUCACUAAAACGUGUAACAAACAUACACUGGGCUAUUUACUAAACCUUGAAGGUAAUUUCAAAUUUUACAUUAAAAUAACAGAGCUGAAAUCACUUGCAAUUUUCUCAUCCGUUAGUUCCUAGUUUAUUAAAUAACCCUGUAACUUGUCUCUUAUUUCCCUGUAUUAGAAUGUAAAGACAGCGCUGCAGAAUUUGUUGGCGCUUUAUAAAUAAUAGGAAUAAUACUGUAGUAAUUGUAAUCUGCUUUUGAUGAAUUUAUCCUAAAGAGAUGGGGGCAUGACAGGAGUGUUACUCUCUGCAUCAGUCUCGGGUGUCGUGUAACCCCAAAACUUUCUCUUCAGUGAUUCGGACUGUGGUUGAGCAGCGCCAACAGGGGCUUCCUCCACUGCAUAAAGAGGCACGCAGGAAACGGCGGGCUCUACGCCAGAAAGCGUUAGCGGAGCAAAGGGAGAUUGAAAAAAUGAUGAAGGAUCUUCAGACUGCUAAUGAAGCCAAACAGCAGGAACUGGAAACUGUGCGCAAGGUAAGGAACGCAAUAAUACUGCGAUUGACAGGGUACCAUAACAACAGUACUGUCAUCUUUCAUAUCCCAGAAUUUGGGCAGAGCGGUUAAUAAUUCCAAAUUUACAGUCAAGACAGAUGGUUAUCUUAUUGUCCUUACUGGUGAUUCAAUCUGCAGGGUUUUCAUUUGGGUUUUUCUUAGCCCAGUGGGAAGUAGUCUUAAACUAGGAAUCUCCAAAACGUCUCCGGUCUGUGCUGAUUUAAUAGAGAUGGAUCCUUAUUGCUUUUCUCUCUCCUUUGCAGCAACUGCAAGAGGCAGCGGAACGUGCGAGCGUGGAAGCGAAGCGACUCCAGGAUACUCACCUUCAACUGCAAAAACGGUUCAUGCUGGAUCUAGAACGGGAACAAAUGGUAAUUAAUGAGAGGGACAUGGUCGCAUUUAUAUUUAUUGAAUAUGCAUUUUUUCCUUGGUUAAAGGAACAGCACAUACCCACAAAGCAUUGUAGCUGAUGUGUCCCCCCUUUUUACAAAGUGUCUCCCAGCUGUUAGGCAGGAGGGCACACUUUCUGAGUGCAUUGUGACCAGGUGCAAAGCAGAAGGCUAGGCUUUUUAUAGAGAAGGACUGAAUUCACGGCUUCCUUAUAAUAAUUACUGCAGACGCAGCGAUUGUGUCCUGUGCCCCUUUUGUAUGAGAAUCGUUGCAUUGUCGAGAUCAUGGCUGCUGAUGAUUUCUCGGUCAGCUGAGCUGCGGUGAAAGACUUUGUCAAUGGGUUAGAGAUAGAUUAACCCUUUAUUUGCAGUUAUUGGGUGAGGAAAGGGGUCCAGGAGAUUCCUCAACACUCCAGCAUUAUAAACAAAUGUGAAGUGAAGCACAAUCUCUGUAAUUAUCAUAUUAAGAAACACUUUCAACUCCCUGUAGUGGUAACAGUGCUUUCCCACAGUAAGUUUUUGACAACUUACUUCCAGACAGCACCAGGCCACUGCUGGCACCAUAACCACUACAGCAGGCUGUAGUGAUUAUAGUGCUUGGAGGGAUCCUUUAAUUAUUACCAACAUAAUUUUAAAAUUUUAAAAGAUUGCUGAUAUAUUGCAGUUAUUUGUACUCUGGCGCUGUGAUAGAUUUUGCUGCAGUUGAUUUAUUAUUUCUACAAAGAAAGAGAGAUUGACAAUGUGCCCCUAAGGACAUUUCCUUUACUUCUCAUCUGUGCUGAUAAAUAAACGUAUACACAAUUUUUUUUUCUUAUUUUUUUUUUGUGGAUAAAGGAUUUUUAAGCGUCACAGUCAGCGCUUCAGUAUAUGUUGAAGCGGUCUAUAAAUAAUUGCAAAGCAGGCCUGGCGUCUGUCUGAUUGUUGCUCUCUGUAGAUUCGGAUACAGAUGGAAAAUAAGGUAGCGGAGAAAUCCUCUGAGCUGGAACAGAAUUUACUCCGGUUACGCGAGCUGGAGGACCUGUAUGUACAGCUGCAAGAAGCCCUGAAUCAGGAGAAGCGAGCGCGUCAGGAGGAAGAGAAUGCCCGUUAUAUACAAGAACGGUAAGUAACCCUGGUGCUUUGUCACAGACAUUCCAUUAUUAAUAAAUGCUGUAAAACCGACAUGUAUUAUUGUUAGAUUACCCUGAGCAGCAGAUCAGAUGGUGAAAUAAAAAUCCCUAUUAUAAUAAUAAGGUCGUAUUAGGUGUAUAUGUGGCCAUAAUACUACUUCCAGUUUAUACAUUUCUUCCUCUGUCCUUCUCACUUCAUAUUGAAAAUAUGCGUCAGCCCAUCCUUGCAAACUCGCUGUCUUGGUGCAUCUUUGAUUCUGGCCUUCUAGCCAGUCUUAUUGCCAAAUCAUGGCAAUUACAUCUAAAACAAAUUUGCCUGGAUUCGCACAAGAUGGUACUAAGAAGCUUGUUCAUACUCUUGUAAUUUCUCGCAUUGAUUACUGUAAUUCUCUUUUAAUGGGUCGCUAAAGUCUGCAGUCAAGGCUGAUCUUUCUCUCCUGUCACUCCUCUCACACCUUGUCCCUCUUUCAAUCCUUACAUUGGCUUCCUGUACCCCAUAUUGUUCAAUUCAAAAUAUAAUUCAAAUAUCUCUUGCGUACAAAGCUCUCAGCAACUCUACUCCCUGCUACAUUUCUUCACUAAUUUGUAGGAACACCCCUGAUCUGCUGUGCCGGUGAGCUGUCCUCUGCUCGUACCCUUACUGGUAGAUCGUUUCUACAGGACUUCUCAAGGGAAGUCCCAUUCCUGUUGAACAGCCUGCCAACCCCCAUCAGACUCUCCCCUAGUCUUCAAUCUUUUAGAAAUCCCUAAAAACCCAUCUCUUCAAUAUAGCCUUUGGCCUCCCUGGGUGACUGUUUCUUAUUCACACUGUAAUUACACAGUCCACCCCCGCACUUUCACUUUCACCUUCACCUUCCACUUCUGCCUUUGUCAAAACCUGUAAUUAAUUGCUUACCCCAUAUGCCGUCCUCCCUAUUGUAUUUUAUACCCUGCUUCCUCUAGAUCAGGGGUUCCCAACCCAGUCCUCAAGCACCCGUCCAAGAUUUAGGGAUUACGCUGUUGUGUCUAAAGUGUUUGUUUGACACUACUGGGUAAUCCCUAAAUCCUGGACUGUUAGGGGGUAGUUGAGGACUGGGUUGGAAACCACUGCUCUAGAUUGGAAGCUCAUCAUCCUAGCUUUCCUGUUAAACGUUUACUAGAAUGUUUUAUAUGUUGAAUAAAUUUACCCUCUUUAUAAUAUUGUAAUGCGCUGCAGCGUAAGUGAGCACUAUAUAAAUGGCAAUAAUAAUGUAAAAUUGGGCAUCACCUCAGCCCUUUUUCUCCCGUUAAUAUUCUCUAUGGCAUUUUUGCUCAGUUAUACAAACUUUUUUAACGGAGGACAUUGCAUAAAGAUAAAUUGUUAGCACCAUAACCACUGUAGAUUUGUGUAGUAAUUAUGGUCCAGUCCCUUUUGGGUUUUCUCAGUUUUCAAGUCAUCUGACAAAUUACUGCCCUUCUGGAAUACAUAAUCCAGACACAAAACAUUCACAUUAUUGCAGUGAUUAUAGUUUCCCUUAAAAUGUUUAAUAGAGAUGGGGUGGAAAAAAAAAACAUCUGACGUAAAUAGAAUGUGAAGUGCCAGGUUUAAUAAAUACUGAUGCUAAUCACCUCUUGGUAUGGAAGUUACGGUGUCUGGUUUAAAGAUUACGUCCAGUAUUAUAUUGUAGCAGAGUAUUCUCACAGACACUUAUAGGGAUAUACGUAAUACUCAGUAUUAUAACACAAUGUGAUUUGUACCAGGCUCCUGGAGGAAGAAGCGACCAAGCGAGCCAGGUUGGAGAAGUUACAUAGAGAGCAGGAGAUUACGUUAAAGACGACCGAGGCUGAGAAGAAGGAACUGGAGAGCAUGCGGCAGACGAAAGAGCGCGAGUUACAGGAAGCCAUGGAACAGCUGCAGCAGUUGGAGAGGGAUCGCGUCAAAGCCCGGGAGGACUACCAGGUGAGGGUUUACAUCCUGCGGCUGAACCUCGGGAAUUUUCCCUACAUGUGAUUAGUUAUACGGGCUAUGCUGGCUAUUCUACAAAGUAAUGCGAUGGUGCGUUCUGAUUGGUUGCUUGAAGGUGCUUUCAGCCAAUCAGUAUGAAGAGCUGGAACAUACGUAAAUUGGUCUGGUAAUUGUGUCUCUAAUAGCUGUCACGAUCCAGAGACCCACGUUUAUAGUCCAACAUCUGGAAAUUAAUGGCUUUACCUGGGACACGUGGGAAACCCAUCAUAUUAAGUACAUUUUAAGAAUAUUUGUAUAGUUCCUGCCCAGUGAAAAGAUCAAAGUUCUUUAACAUUUCGGUGUAUGAUUGGAAUUUACACACGCUUCCAAAAUACUAUUUAGAGCUUUAUUACUGUACGGAAAAGAAUGCUGUCUGGCUAAGUACAGGAAAAUAUUCUACGCAAAUACUUAAUUUGCAUAUGGUUGCCCAAAACAAGGUGAUGGCAGGCAGGGCUAAAAUGUUACAAAUCUUUCCUCGUGCAGGUCUUCUGUUAGAGCAUUUGUUUUAAAAUCACCACUGGCAAACUUUCCCUCGAGGGGAAAUCCCUGAAAUAUAUCCAAGCAACAAAAACGUCCCCAGGUUUCAAUGCUCAGUGUUUCUCUAAAAGGAAGCAAUUUAAAAAUGAACCUGUCACAUUAAUGUACACACCGUGCAGGGAAAUCCGCAACAGGAAUGUAUCAGGCACUCACCGCAUGGCGGAAGUCUAGUAAUGAGAGUAACGUCCGGAGUAGAUGGAUCCACACUCCUAUUCACAGCACAGAGUAUGCAGGGCAGCUUGUGUUCUGUGACGUGAAAGUAAUGCUGUCCAGCAGAGAGAAGCAACCUUUACUGACCUGCUUCCUAAACGCUGGGUUCUGUGUAGUAGUUACUGUAUUUACAUGGCAUAACUAGGGCAACUCUAUGCAAAUUAACUUACAUUUACUACAAAUCCUGUCUCUCUUGCUGCAAACUCUCACUGUUAUGACUUAAUUGGGAAUUGAGAGUGACUUUUUUACAUUUUAGGCCAAAAUCUAUAGGUUCACUUUGACCAUUUUCCCCUAAACAUUAAUAUCCCAUUUGAAUUCCUCACACUUAAGUGAAUAAGUUUGUGUCUCUCAAAUAAUCAUAGUAAAUAGAAAGUAGAUUUUCUUAACAAAUGGAGACACUGGUAAUAAGCUCUGACAUUUUAAACAAUUUCCCAGCAGCCGAGGGCAUCGUCUGUUCAUUGUUUGACAAAGUGAUGUAAAGUAAUGAGGUUUACUGCGAAGUAGAAUCAGAUCUCACAACCAAGAAUACACAGAUAGAAUUUGGGAAAAAAAAUAUUCCUGAUUGGUAAAAAUCAUUGAUGAAAACUGCUUGAAAACCAUAUUGUGAUUUGUUCAUGAAUUAAAUCUGUGAUUGUAUCUCUCCUUUCUUACAGAUCGUUAGACAGAAACUUGAUGAAGCGGCCUGCAAUACAAAAAGCUGGCAGAAGAAAGUGGCCAAACAAGAAGGUUUAAUCCGGUUAAUACAACCAGGUAAAUAAUAAAUCAAAGUGUUACGUCUGCUUAUUCUUCAUUAAUGCUGUAAGACAGGGAUAGGGAACCUUUUAUCUGCCAAGGGCCAUUUAGAUAUUGAAAACAUCAGACGGGGGCCAUACAAAAUUAUCAACGUAAAAAUUAGCCUGCUGUAUUUUGUCAAACAUUUAAUUAACUCACUCCUAAUGUGAUGGCUGGAACUGAUUCUCUUUGGUGUGAUGUUAGCUGGUAUUGAUGAUGUUGCUACUUGUAGUGUGUGUGAGAGAGGUGCAGUGUGUUUGUGUGAGGUGAUGUAGUGUGUUUGAACCCCUCACACAGUGUGUUUGUGUGAGAGGUGGUGUAGUGUGUGUGUGUGUGUCAGAGGUCUAUAUUGUGGUAGGAGUGAUGAGGGAGGAUGACUGGGAAAAUCUAUAUAUAUAUUUUUUUUUACUUAAAAAGUGGAAGAAAAACUAUGUACCCCCCUCCCUUUCCUCUGACCUGGAAUGAGGGGACAUAUCACUACUAUUCCUGAUGGUCCAGUGGUUUCGCGUGCACUUUAGCCUUUUAGCAGUGGCUGAGUGACAGGCAACAGAGGGUUGUAGUCAAUGGAAUAUAUUCGAAGCUUGGACUUGUCGCCAGUGGGGUACCUCGGGGAUCUGUACUUGGACCCAUUCUCUUUAAUAUUUUUAUUAGUGAUAUUGCAGAAGGUCUUUGUAACGGAUCGUUUUGCCCACCAGAGGUUAGGCGAUAUUCCCCUUUUUCAGAUGCACAGACAGCUACUGCAAACCCACGAAUUCACCAACUCCCGAACUGCAACCAAGGGAAUACUCGAAACUCCCGAACUGGAGACACACGAAUAGCUGUUAGCAGACGAACAGGAAAUGCACCCAAGCGGCUUACACUCCUGGCAAUCAGUCUCUAACAGCAUACAGUAAAUCCCCCCCAAAGACGAGACGACACUUAGUUUUGAGGGUCAAGCAGAAUCUGGUUUACUGGGGCUAACUGCCUGGCUUUUAUGCAGGUCUCCCACCUGGUGGACACUCCCCUAGGGGACCAGAUGGGAGACUGGGACACAAAGGGUACAAGAACCAAUCACAGACUUACACAUUUCAACAAUCCCACAAUGCAUCACAAUCCCUCCUCUCUGUCCUGGAGAUAAUUGGGAAGUAAUACAAUUAUCUCCAAGGACAGAGGCAAAACUCCAUUACACACAUAUUCAGUAAAAGACAAAGUUACAUACAGUCACAUUUAUUACAUAAAACAUAUACAUCCUACCUAUCCCCAGAUAGCUUAGAUCUGAGCGCACAUUACUACCGAAUGGUGCUCAGAUCACAUGCAUACAGUUCAAUGGCCAUGGAGCCAAAAGUCUUUCACAUAGUCUUUCGUUACACGAAUAGGCUCCAUGGCUUAGCUAUCUGGGGUGAUGCUGUUCAUCCGGUUAAACUACCGAAUGAACAGUCAUUCGGUUCCGCUACCGAAUGGGGAGGUAAGGAGGCUGGCGGCUAAGCGGUGUUCGCGCAAAUAAGUGUCCGUUUUCAGUUCCAUAAUUUGGGCGCUGAACACCAAUGGCCGUUCGGGAGGUAAAAUGGCAGCUGCCACGUGUUUGGCAGACGAACAAAGGCCACCCAGCUUUCGUCAAUUAAGCUGCGGUUAACCGCAGCUUCUGGGCGGUCAAUUGACGAUACACUCCAGUUCCCAGGUGGUCCAUUGUUCGGUAGAUUGAAUCUACCGAACACCCCGGCAAAAAAGGCACGAAUAAACCUUUCAGCAGGGAAAAUAACAGGUUUGAACUGCAGGGCCAUAGUCUAAAGGGAGCAGGCGAGCAACUAGGCUUCUCCAGUGCACAGUGGCAAGGUUGGUUCCGCCACAGUCUUGAUGGUAAUGUAUGUAUUUUUGCUGAUGAUACUAAGAUAUAUAAAAGGGUUGAUAUUCCAGGAGGGAUAAGCCAAAUGGCAUAUGAUUAAGGUAUACUAGAAAAAUGGUCAGAGUUGUGGCAACUGACAUUUGAUGUGGAUAAGUGCAAGAUAAUGCAUCUUGGACGUAAAAACCCAAGGGCAGAGUACAGAAUAUUUGAUAGAGUUCCAACCUCAACAUCUGAGGAAAUGCUAGCAGAAUGCUUGGUUGUAUAGGGAGAGGUAUUCGCAGUAGAAAGAGGGAAGUGCUCAUUCCAUUGUAAAGAACACUGGUGAGACCUCACUUGGAGUAUUGUACGCAGUACUGGAGACCAUAUCUCCAGAAGGAUAUUGAUACUUUAGAGAGAGUUCAGAGAAGGGCUAUUAAACUGGUUCAUGGAUUGCGGGAUAAAACUUACCACGAAAGGUUAAAGGAUCUUAACAUGUAUAGCUUGGAGGAAAGAUGAGACGGGGGAUAUGAUAGAAACAUUUAAAUACAUAAAAGGAAUCAACACAGUAAAGGAGGAGACUAUAUUUAUAAAAGAAGGAAAAACUACCCCAACAAGAGGUCAUAAUCUUAAAUUAGAGGGGCAAAGGUUUAAAAAUGAUAUCAGGAAGUAUUACUUUACUGAGAGGGUAGUGGAUGCAUGAAAAAGCCUUCCAGCUGAAGUGGUAGAAGUUAACACAAUAAAGGAGAUUAAGCAUGUGGGAUAGGCAUAAGGCUAUCCUAACUAUAAGAUAAGGCCAGGGACUAAUGAAAGUAUUUAGAAAAUUGGGCAGACUAGAUGGGCCGAAUGGUUCUUAUCUGCGGUCACAUUCUAUGCUCUGUGCUAUGCUAUGCCUAAAGCUCAUCCGGCUGCAGGUUGACUUCACUCUUUUCUUCGCGCAAGCACAGCGCUGUCGGAGCGUUGCCAUGGUAACGCGCGGCAACACUCCACCUUGCCUGCUCGCAGGAGGAUCACAGCCUCCCGGGGUCCUAGCUCCCUCUCGCUCCGUUUACAAACUCCCAGGAGGCCGGUGAGGGAGAUCUUUGAUCUCCCCACCAGCCCGAAAAAGGCAGACAGCCGGGCUGGACCAAAUUAUUUCUGGACAUUCCCCACCCCUGCUGUAAGGCAUUCGGAAAUAAUAUGGUUCUUCAUAUUCUGUAAUGGAGAUGUUAAAAAAAAAAAAAAAUUUAAAAAAUCAGAAACUGCACACAGUGUAUUAUAACUACUUACAUUAUAAGGAAGUCCCCUGUCUCCCCGCACAUAGUGUAUUGUAGAAACAUAGAAUGUGACAGCAGAUAAGAACCAUUCGGCCCAUCUAGUUCCUUUAAUAAGCCUGGGGCUGUGAGCAAAGUAGUCAAUUUCAGUUCCUAGAAACAUGGACAAUGAAGCUUAUAUUAAUUUCUGAGACUGAUAUUUGUACCAAUAUUAAUAACUAACAAAUCUGCCUUUUUAGGUUCCAAAAUUCAAGAGUUCAUCACACACUGGGGUCCAGCGUCUGUCACAGAUGCGGAGUUCAAGCAGCUUGAGAAACAGUGGCAGGAGCAGAAAAGCGCCAGUUCAAAAUAAACGCCGGAACGCACAGAGCGCAAGAAAAAAGAAGGUGUCUUAUACCAUGGAAACGCAGAGUUACUAUUAUAACUUGUUUGAUUAUUAGGCUGUGUCCAUCUUUUAAAAAAAAAAAGGGAGCAUACUGGUAAUAUUUAGAUGUUAGAGACAUAGAUCUUACAAUACGGACACUAACUGGGAUAUAAAUCCAAUCCCACACCGGACUCCUACAAGGGAAUACCUGCUUCCAUCCUGGACCUCCACACGAGUGGGGAAGAUGUGUUCUGCAUUCCAUAUUACCUGCCCUGAUGUGUAGAAUAGGUGAUGUUUGGGAAAUGUGGCUCCUGAUAAUAGGGCCAUAAUAUCUUGCAAUUCUAUUAAAGAAUCUGCUAUGACUUGUCUUAUAUAAAAAUGUAAAUUCCAUAUAGGAGUCCAUUGUUAUUUUUCUACCCUGUAGAGAAAAUCACAAUACUUUCUAAGUGUAGUUAUCAUCACAUUGACCACAGCAUCCCGCGGUUAUGGUGCCAGGAAUACUCUGGUGGCCUGCCAGGGUAAGUAGUCAAACUGUUUGAAAACUGACCUUUGGUCCGCUGGGCGCCUUCUUCUUUGAGCUAGCUGGCAGUGCAGGGAGAGUGCUCAGCGGACUAUCAGCCAAUCAGUGCUGGCCUCGUCAGUCCGAUUGUGUCGCUGUGCCUGACUAACCCUAAGGUAAGUUGUCAGGCUAUUCACAAUUUUGAGAGGGUGCCAGGGCACUCUUGGCAUUAUAACCACAACAAUGCGCUGUAGUGGUUAUGGUGCAUGGAGUGAUCCUUCAGCAGAACCAUCUGACUUUUAGAAAUGUGGGGUUUAAAAUCUUUUUGGAGUUGAAUUUACUAACACUAUUUUCGGUUGGUUCUCAGAAUAUUGGUUAAUAACUAACAAUACAAACAACUCCCACACAUUUAAAGAAACACGUAAUUUAUUUAUAACACACGAGUAGUACAUGGCCCCCUUUUCCUCUUAAGCAGUGGUUCCCAACAUUUUUUCAUUUGAGUUCCCGUUGGCAGCCCAUUUCCAUAAACCUUCCAUAAAUUUCCAUAAGACCGGCUCCUCCUCCUCUCCAAUGAAGACACACAACAGGGCUGCCUCUCUGAUAGCGCUGGCUCUGCAUGGUCCGGCAGGGGACUUCCUGUGAUCUCUCCUGUAGGCCUUGGCCCAUGGCCAUCGAGGCCCACCAGGCAUUUGCCCGAUGUCCGGGCCGGUUUUCCGUCCAUACGGCCGCCAUUAACUAAAUUUAUUUGCGUACCCACUGGGACACGGAAUUGUACCCCUGGAGGUACGCGUACCAUGGGUUGGGAACCCCUGCUCUAAAGGUAUAGUGUAGGCACUAUCACUAUAUCAUCUCAGUGAAGUGGUUAUAAUGCCUGGAGUACACUAUCACUGUACCUCCAAUCAGUGUUAAACCAUUUCCGAUCAGUUUAACACCAAAUGAGGGUCCCUGGCUUCCCAUAGCCUCUCCCCCACUGGGGAUGUGACUGAGGCAGAGAUUACACACCUCCUAGUCAUACCAAUUCAUACCAGCAAUCUGCGCUGUGAUAGGCUGGAAGCAGCCAGCUGCAACUCUCAACCAUUGUGACACAUAUCAAUAUGCACGUGGGGAAGGAAGACUUAUAAUGACUUUACUAUGCUGGAAAAUAUUCAGUUUUAUACACUAGCUGGGGACUACUAAUGUGAAGUGUGCAAAUGGUCCUGUAGAGAAACUGUCACAUACUUCAUAUAUCUUGGGAGAGGAAUAAAUGGAACAUUAUGAUACUGUCCCUAUACACAGUAACAGUUAUUAAUAUAAUGGGGUUGCUUGGGUUUAAUGACUUAAUGGGCUCUGUAAUGCUGGGAGAUUAUAAAUAAAAUAACAUUACAGGAUCCACUCACUUUCUUUAACACUGGAAUCUGGGAACAGAUCAAAAGUUGUAAAAUAUUUUAAGGCAAAAAAUUAAAAACAACUUCGCUUAAAAAUGCGUAAAUCCCUGGUCAAUUCCCCAUAAAUACCUUUUUAGAGAAUAAACCUGACAGUUUCAAAUAUAAAUCAAAUAAUUUGCAGUUCCAAGCAGUUCUGCCAAAUACACAAGCAUUAAAAGUAACAGUCAGAUAAUUAAAAAGCAGACCAUUCAAUAAAGACUAAUCAGUCUUACCCCAUACUGGACGUGAGGAAAUUGUGUCCACAAUGAAAGGUCGGCCACAAAACUGCAUCAAAACAAAAUGAUGAGAGAGAGACAGGAUUAACAAACAGCUCACACAUUGGACUUAACUCUUCUCAAGCACAGGCAGCUGACAAUUAAAGAGCAUGGCAGGAGUGGAGAAAACGGUCCGCACUUACCCGUAAGACUUUGGUUAAAGGAGGUAACCUCAAUGUUAGGUAACAAAGGGUUAAAGGGCGAUAAUCUGUAACUGCAGAGAUUUUUUUUUCCCCCUUUUGCCCCAGUAAGCUCUUCGAUAUCCAGAUUAGUGAAUUAUGUUUAAAUAGAGAGACAAAUAUCACAUAACGCCUCUACCAACGUGUAAAGUGUGUAUCAUGCAUGAGCACAUCCUGCAUUUAGACAUGUACAGACUAAAUUCUAUUUACUAUGUGAUAGCACAUCUUCCUACUACAGUCCCCAGACUAUAUGGGAUAAUAUAACAAUAUAGCACCAAUAUUACCGCAAAAAUCUAGAAUAUACUCCUGCAGAGAAUAUACUACGAGAACAUGCAUUUUGCAGGAAUGUUUUUUAAUAAGCACUGUGAGUAUAUACAUAAAAGCACUAACACUUUCAUUGAUUAGUUUUGAUACAAAUUUUUUUUUUUAAAUUGCUUUUAUAACAUAAAUGUUGCAUUAUAUAUAUUCACAAUGCUCUUACAACAGAUUAUUAAAAUACACUUUAGCAUUCGCACAAUUUAAUGUCUUCCCCGUUAGUGUAUCAAUAUUCUGAUAUUGGGGUAUUGUGAAGCAGUGGUGGGCUUUACACAAUAUGACCAUAAGGUGGAACUGAAUCCCCAUAUUUGUUUGCUGAGAUUGAUGAUUUUAAGUAGCCUUAUAACCUUUAAAAUGUAUUUUUAUAUGCGCGCUAUCCUCUAAUCUGUAUUAUGGUGAGAAUAUACUAUCUGGACACUAGGCGGCAGUGUUGUCCAGCCUGUAAUUCUACAAUACAAUUAACAAGCAGGAAACUUGAUUCUCUUUCCAAACGUCCUAGAACAUAAUUAAUUAACAUAUAAUUAACUUCAGCCUCGCUGAUCAUUUAGCGGUAUUUAGCUGAACGGAUCUCUCUUUUUAUUGUACUCUGCAUCUGUUCUCAGUGUCAGGUUUAUAGUCACCUAGGACCAUAGGCGGGCGCACGGGGUGUGCCUGGGCACACCCUAAUCCCCGCGGCACGCCUAUGUGUAUUGAGACCGGCAGGGGAGAUCUCAAGAUCUCCCCUGUCGGCUCAUGCAGAGCCGGCGCUAUCCCACAUGUAGGGAGUGAGACAGUAGAGGACCCGGGGAGCUAUUGCCGGCAGCUCCGCUGGGUUCCUCUCGCGAGAUGCCCUGCAGGCUAGAGUUCACUCACCACUGGACCACCAGGGAAGGCAGCAGCAACAAGGAAUCCCCCCUCCCUACAUAAGGUAAGAAGGGAGGGGGGAGAUAUUAAGUAAUGUACCCACACACAUAGGGCACCCACAGACAUACAGCACCCUCACAAACACACACAGCACCCUCACAAACACACACACA